CCCCGAUCUGGGCGGGGCUCCCGGCUGUCACCGCGAUGAGGAGGCGCCGUCGCCGCCGCCGCCGCUGGGCUGCUCCGGGGUGCGCCCCUGAGGGGGUGUGAGGAGAUCCCGGGCCCUCCUGCAGGUAGGGGGCCCGGGAGGGCGGGGGCCCAGCGGCGGCUGUGAGGCGGAAGGCGGCCCCGCCCCCCUUCUGCCCUCUCACCCCGCGGGCCGAGGGGGUGGAAUGGGGGAGGGGAGGGGGCGUGGCUCGUUCCCAGCGGGGGGGGUGGUGGCGAAGAAGGGCGACCCUCCACUUCCCACUCUCCUGUAGUGUGCGUUCCCGCCCCCCCCGGCUGCUGUGCGGGGAGGGGGCUUCCAUUCAGUGUGGGUCAUCACCCUCCCCCCACUCAGACCCCAAAGGAAAGAAAAGGGAAUGGCGAUUAUUUGAGGGGGGGCGCGGGGAGUUGUUGUUUUGGAUGCCAUUUCCCUCUCCCUCCCCCUUCAAAAAAGUAUUGGUAGUCGGUGGGGUCGGGAGAAAGAGAGAAGCCCCCCGCCCCCAAUGCACACACAGGCUGGGCUCCCCACCAGCAGUCCCUCUCGGGAACAAGGCUGCCUACGGGUCGUGGUCACUGGGGGCUGAUGGGUUGCUGGUGGUGAGCUGGGCGAGUGCUGCUGUGCUCCUGUGUCCUGCUUGCGGAUUGGGGAGCCCUUCUGGUUAGCUGCUGCGAGAAACAGGCAGCUGCACUAGUUGGGCCUUUGGCAAGGGACCCUAUGCAGCUGGGCUGCACAGGGGUGGGGUGCCAUGGGUGGGUGUCUCACACACACACACUAAUUCCCCCCUCCUCUCUUGGGGCAAGAGUUUGUAUGAGGAAUAAGGGGAACUUUCUCCCUCAAAGAAGAGGGGUCGUGUAUUUGUACACCGUUGAAACACAUCACUUUUUCAUCUCACCCUCCCAGGGCUAGCCUAAGUUAUUCUGCUGCCCAAGGCAGAACAGCAGAUGAUGACUCUUCUCCCUAACCACACUGGAUCUUGAUGCAUAGUACUCAAGACCAAGGUAGCUGCCUUAGCACUCAAGGAAGAAAUCCCCAAAUUGUUUCUCCCUGUUUCUAACAGUGAAAUUGCAACAAACAAAAUAAUUAGCAAUUUGUUGCCCUUUCCUGAUACCCAGAAGCAGUUGCCUAGGUUGGCUGCCUUAGUCUGCCUAAUGGUAGGACAGGUGCUAUAUUCCUUAUCCCCUAGCCCUCUUCUGUCAUCUUCUUUUGCCUCCACUUUCAACUUUCCCUGGUUAUUGGAAAGUUUGAGAAGAACAAUGUGAGCACCCCCUGCCCCGAGAUGAUUAAAAUGUUGGGUAUGAGCUUUCAGGUUGCACAAAAUGUAUCUGCAGGAUUCUGCAGUCAGAGCUCAGAUUUUUAAAAAGUGUGAGGUUGCAUGCCCAGCAUGUUAAUAUGUUCGGGUCAAGUAUAUGCACAUGAGCAGACAGUUAAGCCAGGUUGCUAAAUGCCCCAAAGGACUGCUUUAGACAUGAUAACUUCUGUACAUGUGAAAUAGUUAUCAAAGAAACAGUACACAACGCGUGCCACUGCUUCCCAGGCUACAUGUGUAUUGUGUUUAUGUCACAUGUGAUGAUCUAUGUGUGCAUUGUAUGCUGUUUCACACAUGGAAGUGUUUUUCCUGUGGGAAUUCUGGUGUGCUCGGAGCAGCCCUUUCAUUCUAGGCAAAAGGCACCACCAUUUGCCUCCUUGUCUGCUUGUCCUCAUGAGAGUUUAAAUCAGGGAUGGAGAAUCUGCAGCCCUCCUGGUGUCGUGGGGCUUGAACUUGCAUUAGUCCCAGCCAAUGUGAGCAGUGGUCAGGGAUGAUGGGAGUUAUAGUGGAACAACGCCUUGGAGCCCCACAGGUUCACCACACCUGAUUUCAAGCAACCUGCUCAAACUCUCAAAAAUAUUAUUUCUAACAUUGUACUCUGUAUGCAGAGGUGGUCGCUUUAAAAUUAGAUCCUUGCAAAACUUGUCACCCUAAUGCCAUUAUUUUUAUUAUAGUUUCCCGCCACCACACCUUCCUCCUAGUGAGCGUAGAAAUAUUUUUUAUAAGCCUACAUGUGGUGGGGUUAGUUAGCUUGUGAGUUAAAAUUUGAUUGUGCUCCUGUUCAAAGAUGAUAGAAGUGCUUUUCAUCCAUAUAUCCUGUGGGAAAUUUGAAGACAAAAUGCUGGUGGAAAUGUAUUGAAGCUCAGCUACGUGGUGGUCUGAACAAGGCCCAGUUUGUCUUUCCACUGCUUAGACUUUACAGCACAGAAAAAUGCAGCAUGUAUGCUAGAAUAGCUCAAGAGAUGCCAGCUAUUUAGCUCAGCUUGCUGCAGCUGCUUAGAGAUGGGUCUGUGCCUUGAACCAUCAAGGGGGCAUAGUUGAUUGAAAUCAAGGGUUCUGAACACAAUCAUUACCAUUUCUAGAGAGAUAAAAUAGUUAUGGCAAUGUUUAUUAUUAUGUGACUUUGAGGGAAGCAGGCUUCUGAGCGGCACAAAAUUCUUCAGCAAGCAAGAGCUUUUAAUCGCUACCUUUUUGGAAGAGCUCUGUGUAAUUCAGAAUUCCGUUAUUUGCACCAGCAGUGGGGUGCCCAAUAACCUUUGACUUUCUGAGCCAUAUCAGUUCCAUCACAGGUGACUUUUCACAAGCUAGUGUUCAAGUAGAACAGCUGUCUUCCCAUGUAGAAGGGAGCAGAGUUGGAGAAGUGAAAUACAUAACUAUACGUAUUUAUUUAGAUUUCAGCUCGAGGAAGCAGUCCUCAAGGAAGUGGUCAUAGCUUACUUGUAGAGCACAUACCUUUGCAUGCAGAAGGUCCCAGGUUCAGUCCCCAGCAUAUUCAGUUAGAAGGAUUAGAUAGCAAGUGAAGAUCCUUCUCUGACUGAAACUCUGGAGAGCUCCAGUCAGUCUGUCAAAACUGGGUUGUGUGGACAGAUAGUCUGGCAGUUUCCCAUGUUAGUUUUAUUGAUUUUUUUUUAUUCCCCCUACUUUUUUGACAUGUAUUUGUACGUUUCUAAAAUAAAGUUGGCACCGUUUUAAUAAAAAAAAUUAAAAUUCAUUUCUAAAGAAUUUAAAAAUCAAGGAGUUAAACAGAAUAAAUUUCAGACUAAACUACCAUUAAAAAUCCCCAACUAUCCUCUCCCAAUUUAACCCUAACACACAAAAUCUCACAGCCAUACAAAAAGUGUUACUAAUGUUUUUAUGUUAAUGCUAAUGUGACUGUUUUCAUUUGAAAUUUGUUUGGUUCAAGCAAAGUUAUAAAUGGAAGUAGCAGGGUGGUGCUUUGGUGUGCCUUGAGCUGCUGCUCUUUUUGUGGAAUAAAUUGAAUUAUCUGUUCUCAGAAGUGGCAAUUUUUUGGUUUGUAGGACAAAAGGUUGCAUCCAUUCUGUGUCCUGUCCUAUACCACUUGCCGGCUGCAUUUGUAUGUCAUGAUAAACAAGUCUUUCCCAGCCCUGUGCCAAGCAGAUGUUUUUUAUCAUUUACUUACUUACUUAUUUGCAUUUUGCUUCCUGCAAAGAAGUUCUGAAGAAACCCAUAGAAAAUACUGUAUUUAAAAAUUACACUGAAGCAUUCACCCACAAAAAUAAGUCAGAAUACAAAACCACUCUUCCCCAUUCAGCAGCAGGGUAAGCACCAAUUUCUACUACAAAAACCCCAAAUGACCCAACACAGUAUCAAUGCUUAAAUACAUGGGAGAAUAAGAAUGUCUUCCCCUAGUGCCAUAAAAAUAACAGUGUUGGUGACAGGCAGAUUGCAGGGUUGGGGGCCACUGAAAAGGCCUGUUCUCUCACUGCAAACCUCUUUUGGAGGUGGUACGCUAAGAAGGACCUGAGAUUAUUGUCAUGGGGUCUAGGUAGGCUCAUAGGUGGAAAGAUGGUCCAAGCUCCCACUCAAAUGCUAAUGUGUGAGUAAGAAAAUAAGCUUCAUUCAAGGCUUGCAAUGGUACACAUCAGGCUACGUUAACAGAUUGUAUAGCUAAAGAGUCAAAGAAUGACAUCAGGGGUCCAAGACCAGGCAGUAGCUUUGAAGACAUUACAACUGGUCAUGCCCCCCCCCCCCUUUAAAGGCGAGACACAGCACACUCAUAAUACUCACUAAGAGACUGGUGCACUUGAAGGAACAUGUUUCUUCCGGGGGUGUGGGUCUGCUGCCAAUGGCAGAAGCAGUGCCAAGUUCUCUGUGACAGGUCAGGGGUCAUCUUCUGGUUCUUCCAACCUCCUCUCUUGGCUUGUUAGCACCCUUCCCUAUUGGGCUAGUUGGUCGUAGUCAAUAAUUUUGCAGAAGCGUCAGUUUCUAAACUGUCUUCAAAGGCCGCUCAACAUAUAAUGCAGUAAUCUAACUAGAGGUUACUAGAUCAUAGACCACCAAAGCCAGACUAUCCUAAUCCAGAUGGGGUUGCAGCUGGGCCACCAGACACCAUGCAAGCCACUUGUGUCUGCAGUGACAUUGAUGGAUCCAAUAGUACCCCCAAGCUGAGUACCUGCUCCUUCAGGACAGGUGUGAUCCCAUCCUAACAGGUUCCACACACACCCUGUACAGACUGAGGAACUGCCCAUUAACAGUGUCUCUGCCUUAACUGGAUUGGAGUACUGAUGACACACUCCCAAACUCUGAAUGUCUCCAUUCAGCAACAUGAUGUAGAAUAGCAUGGGGGAUAAAACUGAACAUUGCAGAAACCUGCGUUGGAGAUUCCAUGGGACCAAACAAUACCCCCCCCCCCCCGCAGACACCACCUUCUGGAGCUAACCAUACAGCUACAACUGGUACCACCACAAGGCAGCACCACCCAUUCUUAACUCUAAAAGGAUAGCAAGAUGGAUGGUAUCAAAAGCCACUGAGAGGACAAUCAACAGGGCGACAGUCCCAUCUCUCCCAACGUAGGUCAUCAUAUUGGCAGUUUUUCUGCCAAGAGCAGGAACAAACUCCAAUAGAAAUGAUCCAGAAAAUCAAUCCCAUCAAGAUUGUCUUUUGCUGGUUAGUGACCGCACACUUGAGAACCUUGCACAAGAAAGGGACAGGAGUGACUCUUCUAUUUUGUCCAUAUCUUUUGGGUCCAGGGAAUAUAGACCAGGAGUGACCUUAACACCACCUAUAUCAGGUUGCCUGGGACUGCUCCAUAUUGCAACGAGGCAUUAAUCCCUCCCCUCCCUGCCCAACAAGCCCCGCCCCGUAGAUUUUACCAGCUAUGAGGGGCAAGAGCAAGAAGUCAAGUGAUCCAUCAACACAUUGUCCACAACCUCAAGCCAUGUCAGCUGGAAUUCGUCCCACAAAACUGGCCCAGACAGUACUCUGGGUACCUCUUGAGACUGACCUGCUACAAUAGUAGAGUCCAAGUCCUGGCAGAUACAAUUUUAUCCUUAAAAUGUCUUGCAAACAAGACAUAGCAGGAUGCUGUGGGUUCCAAAAACUCAUUUAGGCCAAUUUGUUAAAUGCAACAAAAUAGCUCCGCGGGACAGCAUAUAAAGGAUGCAAUGGAAGAAGCAAAGAAACACUCUUUGCCUCCUUCACUGCUACUAAGCAGACUCAAUAAUAAAUGAAUACUAGUUCAGUUGCAUUUGUCUGGAGUUUUCCUCCACACAUUCAAGCCAUCUCCCAACCUGCUUGAGCACCCUUUACUCCCUGGUGUACCACAGAGCUAUCUGGGCUUUUAUCAAGUAGGAGUGAUCCUGGGUCACCUCUCCACUCCAUGGGACUUAGACAGGAGCAUCAGUCCUAUCAGCUGGGGAGGUAGGAGCCCCAACUGUUUGGGAAUCUGUUUGACUCAACCUCUGGAAGUAGUAGUAGUAGUUGUUGGCAUCUUUCUGUCAGAGUGGACCAUCCUAACCGAUACCCUUCCUCCACAUAGAGAAGAGUACAGUGACAGUCUGAAUCUCACCAGGGGAUGACUUGAUCAUGAAAAGGGAAUGAUAGAUCACCCUCUUUUUGCCCUGUAGAGCAUGUCCAGCUGUAAGCAUUGGACCAAUGACAUAUUCGGAAGGCCCCAUCUUUGUCAUGAUAGGCAUGAAGUACUCAGCUGCCCCAGAUCCAGCAUGAAUAUUGAAAUCCCCCAUGACCAACAGCUCAGUGGUUCACGGUAUAGAGACUGCCUAUGUCAGCUCAAGCAGGAAGAUAACUGGGCAAUAUACCAGCAGCCUCCUAACAUGUCCUCUGCACGCGGGACUUGAAUUUGGUCAUGUGGUAAGCCUAGAAAGAGAGUAUUACAGGACACCCCCCAAAGGCCCCCCCCCAUGCUGCCCUGAAUACCCAGGUUGGCAAAAAAUACCCAGCUGUGGAAAACCCAACUCCUUGCUGCUCAUCUGCCCAGGUUUCACUUACACAAGUCAGAUCAGCCUCCUCAUCCACAGUCAUUGUGGAUGGAGGAGAUUUUAUUUAAAACAAACCCAACAGCACCUGCAGGUUCAAGGACUGGAUGACAGAGCACUCACUGUACCCUCAGUUACGGGAGGGUCCAGCAUGCAGCGCAGCCAAUAACGUGCUGUGCAGUAUUUGCUUCCCUCCACCCCACUAUACAGUCAUACCUCAUGUUAUGUUUGCUUCAGGUUGAGCGUUUUCAGGUUGCGUCCCACAACGACCCAGAAGUACCAGAAUGGGUUACUUCCGGGUUUCGCCGCUCCCGCAUGUGCAGAUGCACAAAAUGACGUCACACGCAUGCGUGGAAGCGGUGAAUCACGACCCGCGCACGUGCAGACGCUGGUUGCGUUCUGCUCAUGUUGCAAACGGGCCUCCGGAACGGAUUUCGUUUGCAACCAGAGGUACCACUGUACUUCCUCCAGACCUCUACUGCACCUCCCACAGGCAGCAUGGCUAGGGAGGGUGAGAGUUGCGCCUUCCGUAUGCUUCAGGCUACUAGGCUGGGGAAGGCUACAUUAAACUACUGUUUAUCAUUAAGAGAAUAAGCCUAGGCAAAUCACAAGCUCACCCCCUCCCCUUUUCCUGCAGUGCUGUUAUAAGGAGGUGAUCCAAAGCUUUCACUUUCAUUCUUUAUUAACCACAGCUUGUUAUUUCAUGCAAGGCUGACAAAGGCUGCAUUCACAGGUUGUGGUAAACCAUAGUUAAUGGCUUGCCGUGAAGGUGUAGAUGGCUCCCACUUUGCUCAAGCCAAAGUUUGUAUUCAUGAACAAGCCACAAUCCCUGGUUCAGAUGUAGUACUAGGCCAUGGAUUACAGUUUGUUGCAGGGAGCACAGCAGGAGUGAUCUCCAUGUCCACAGUCAGCCAUCAACUAUGAUAUACUAUGGCCUGGACCAAUCUAUAUUUCAUGUGAACUAUGGCUUAAAUUUCAGUCCACGGGCAUGAAGCAGGGUUGCUACAACAAACCAUAGUUAAAAUUAACCACAGUUUGGGCAUUUGGACAUAGCACCAAUCUGUGAUUAAGGAAGCAAAAUGGAAGCAGAAGCUUUUGAUCUCCUUGACCAGCAUAGCAGCACCACAGGGGAGUGGGCCAAGAAAAACCUCGUUUGUUCCAAUCACUAUAAGUCAUGGUUUAGCAUGACACCCGAAUGCAGCCAUUCACUAUAUGAAACUCUUCUAAUAGGGAGGCCUGGUUGUGGCUGGUGCUUCAUUUCUAAAGACAGAUUGUGUGAUCUGGAAGUUUUGUCUGCUGGCCCCAGCAAUGUGGGAGUAGGCAGGGGCUAAUGAGACAUGAAGGAAUGGCAUUCUGCACAUGCUCAGGGUGUGUGUCUUCUUUAUUUCUUCACAUAUUCCAGGACUGAGCCCUGGCUUGUGGCAGACAUCAUGCAAUGUGCAGAAAUAAGUGAGUCUGUUCUAUCUAGAGAAGGUUUAUUUAAGCUUCAAGUCAUCACGUCUAAACGAUGCAGGGUGCUAUUAUUGUGACUGCUGUUCUUCCCUGGGCUUUGACUAUGACUCAGGUCUCUAUCUGGCUGCUACAGAAGAAAACUGGUGUGUAAAAGAUGGAAGUCCUCUCUGUAAGUAAUUCCAUGCGAAUACCUUGUUGGGUGCAAGUAGUGAACUGACUGAGGUGCUCCAGCUCAAUAUAAUUUUUGAAUCCUCCCCUUUCUAUAGACUAGACAAAUUCAUGUUUGGUUUGUAUGGAAAUUAGUGACUCUCGCCUCCCUGAAGACACUGUGUAAUUCUCACCAGUUGUAACUAGCCAAAGCAUGUAGUUUGGUGCCACUGAAACCAUGGCUUUGUUUUUAGUAACAGUGUAAUGCAGUUUAAACAACAACAACUAUUUGAAAGUAUGUCAAGUUGGUUUCAGUCAAGCUUAGUUUCAGAGAAAUCUGCUUAAAAUUGCACAUAAACAAGCAUCUUUCUAGCAAUGUUCACUUAGAAGCAAGUGCCAUUAAUUUAAAAAUAAUUUAUCCAUAGUUAGGAUUGAGCUGUGAGGCGCUUGGUCUAAGGAAGCUGUGUAAUUUAUUUAUUUUAUUUAAAAGGCUAACCCUGCCCAUCCUGAAGACCUGGGGAAAUUGGGGGGUAGGGGCAAUAAAUAAACCAAUUUUGCUUGAAGCUCAUCUGAAAGAUUGCAAAACCCAUGCAAAACUCUUUCAACCCGUGUUGCUCCCAGCAUCUUCUGUUAUUUUGUCCUGUACAUCUAAUAAACAAAGGUAUACUGGCUCUGACCAUGGAGGUUUUGUUUAAUUUUUAAUGGCUAAUAGUUGCUGUUAUCCUCCUUCAGGACAAAUUCACAGCGGAUGUGUUUAACAGUUGCUGCUGAGCACAGUUACAAAGGAGAAGCCUCCACUGUUAUUUGUGAUGCCGUAUCAUAGAAUAGCAGAAUCAUAGAAUUGUAGAGUUGGAAGGGACCCUAGGGGUCAUCUAGUCCAACCCCUGGCAACGUAGGAAUCUCAGCUCAAGCAUCCAUGACAGAUGGCCAUCCAAAAGCCUCUGCUUAGAAACCUCCAAGGAAGGAAAGUCCAGCGCCUCCUGAGGGAGACUGUUCCGCUGUUGAACAGCUCUUACUGUCAUUAAGAAUUUCUGUAUGUUUAUAGUCAGAAUCUCCUCGCUUGUCACUUGAAGCUAUUGGUUCGAGUCCUGCCCUCCAUGGCAGGAGAAAACAAGCUUGCUGCCUCUUCCAUGUGACAGCCCUUAAGAUAUUUGAAGGUGGCUAUCAUAUCUCUUCUCAGUCUCCUCUUUUCCAGGCGAAGCAUGCCCAGCUCCUUCAGCUGUUCCUCAUAAGGCUUGGUUUCCAGACUCUUGAUCAUCUUGGUUGCCCUCCUCUGCACACCUUCCAGCUUGUCAACAUCCUUCUUAAAUUGUGGUGCCCAGAAUUGGACACAGUAUUCCCAGUAUUCUGCCAAGGCAGAAUAGAGUGGUACUGUUACUUCCCUUGAUCUGGACACUAUACUUCUGUUGAUGCACCUGAGAAUAGCAUUAGCUGUUUCGCUGCUGCAUCACACAGUUGACUUAUGUUAAGCUUGUGCGUUACUAAGACUCCUAAGUUAUUUUCACAUGUAUUGCUAGUUAGUCAGGUGUCCCCCAUCCUAUAUUUGUGCAUCUGUUCUUCCUGCCUAAGUGCAGGCCCUGACUUUUGUCCUUAUUGAAAUUCAUUUUGUUAGCCUGGGCCCUGUUCUCCAAUACGUUGAGGUCAUUUUGAAUUCUGAUUCUGCCUUCUGCUUCAUUAGCUAGCCCUUCCAGUUUGCUGCCAUCUGCAAAGUGGAUGAGCAUUCCCUCAGUUCCUUCAUCCAAGUUAUUUAUAAAGACGUCAAACAACAACGGACCCAGGACAGAACCCUGCAGCACCUCACUUGUCACUUUUUUCCAGGAUGACAAGGAACCAUUAAUGAGAACUCUUUGGGUUCAGUCAGUCAACCAGCUAUAAAUCCACCUAACACUUACCUCAUUCAACCCACAUUUUACCAGCUUCCUUGCAAGAAUAUCAUGGGGGACUUUGUAAAAGAAAAAAGCGCCUUACAGAACUGAAUUGUUUAAUUAUUUCCCAGCGCUGUGCAUAUACAUGGUCACUUGUGAGUUGAUCACGCGUGGGGGGAACGCCUGUACAUGUUACAUCAGCAAAAGCAGCACAGAAAUCAGAAGUUGGAAGAAUCAGAAAUAAUAAGCCUUCCAAAUGUUAAUACUCUGAGUGCAGAUAAGAACACUGUGUAUCAAGCAUAUCCUGUUGCUUAAGGGCAUUAGAUAGCUGAGGUUUCAAACAGAAUUUUUUAACAGAUGGUUGUAAUUAAAGUGUAUGCAAAAAAGCAAGUCUUAAUCAGCAGCAUUCUAGUAAGCACUUUAAUGUGUUGCUACUAAUUAGAUUGUUGCACAGCCAAAGCCCGAGUGAGAUAUGAAAUCAGAAACUGAGGAAUUCAGGUGCAAUUCAGAUUUGCCCACUAUGCAGAAGUGAUUUACUGUCUUCCUUGUUCACCUUCACGAGAAUCUAAUGUGGCUGCAUAUUUUCAUUCCUGUUUUUCAGCUGCAUAACAAGGUCCAAGCCCUGACUCUUUGAAUCUACCCCAGUUGAUGGGUUGAAUGAUGACCCAGUGGUUCUUUGCAAGUGCCAGCAUCAGGGUUUGACAUGGCUGGGGCCCUGCCAAGGCCCGUUCCUCAACAGGGACUACCACUGCCGGCCCUGGAGCCUUCUGGCGCUGCUGCUACUGCUGCUCCUCCUGCCUGUGCACCUUCUGCCUCUGAACCAGAGUGCAGUGAUAGGCACAAGCAAGAGAACCAGCAGCCUCUCCCUGGCAGGCAGUGUGUAUUGGGCCUGGAAGAGGAAGAUACGACCAUGGGCAGCAGCAACAGAAGCAAGGCAAGCAUUAGCCUGCUGAAGACAUCUAGCCCAAAGCCAUCAUCUUCGCCAACUCCCCCCUUCUGCCUGGAGCUAUCUUUGGCUUCUGGCGAAGGUAGCAAAAUAAGGGUCUUCGAAUAAAGCUGCCCAUAUUUAUUUUAAAGCUUAGGAUUGUACCCAGGGCUAGUCUUACUCAGAGCAGAUCCAUUUAAAUCAAUGGGCAUGGCAAACUUAGACUCAUUAAUUAAAAUAGAACUAUUCAUGGUAGAGCUUAGUUGGAUUCAACCUAUUCAUAACCCAUGCUUUCACUGUAUAAAGCUGCCCCAGAGCAGGUAGCAAAGAAAAUGUGUUAAACCUCAAUACUUAAUAAAACCAACAAUGCUAAAAAUGCCAGCUAUAAACAAUCAUUCCUUAUAACAGAGGUGGGGAACCUCCAGCCUGUAGGCCAAUUUUAGCCCGCCAGAGAGUCCAGUUUGGCCCACAAGGACCUUCCCCCCCCAAAUGCCCACCCGCCCAUCAGCUGGCGCCAGAGGGAUUGCAACCCCAUCCAGAACAGGCAAUAUGUGUAAUUCCUAGAUCCAGCAACUUCUCAUCUAUAGUGCCUCUGUCUUGUUGGGAUUCAGUCUCUGCUUGCUAGCCCUCACCCUGCCCAUCAUCACAUCCAGACAACCAUUGCAUGUUACUGAGAGGCGUAUUGCUGUGAGAUUGCUGAUGCCCAUCGCAAGCAGCCAGUUUAGUGGUUUUCCCGCUUGUGGUACCUGAAAGUCAAGGCCUGCCCACUGUGGGUGGGGCUACUUCCCAUUUCAGUUUUGAUGUGCAGCUCUCAAUUUGGGAGCCAGGAUGUGGCAUGUGAGAAUGUUGAAAUAGCUCCACUCCAGGUUUCAGGGCCGCCUUGGUAUCCAUUCUUUGUGCAUUCCCAUCCUAACAGAAUUAAAAUGCUGGAGUUGAACUUGCCCAGGCUGUGUAAAUCAUGCAAAUUCCCUUAUUUUGCAUAAUUCAUUCUAGUUUUGCUGACCAUGGGCAUGGGCACCAAUGCCCUACUGCUGUUCAUUAGGCUUCUAUGAUUCAGCAGCAGGGAUUGCCUACACUUUCAAGCAUUUCUUCAUGAACCUAAAGGCUAGAAACUUAACUUAGGAGUUGGAUAGCAAAAACAGAUGCUCAGGAAGCCACUCCUAAUAUCUCAUUCUGUGCUCUUUCUCCCCACUCCCAUGCUUCCACGUAAUCUCAAUGUGCCCACAGCUCUGACUCUGCCAAAUAGAAAAAGCUUUGAAAACAAACAAACAAACAAACAAACAAACAAACAAACAAACAAACAAACAAACAAACAGGGAUUGGUUCUGCAUCUCCCAAACCUGAGGUGUUACAAAGGACAGGUUGGUUAAAUGUGAUUGGCCACAGUUCCCAAAGAGUUGAACUGUGCCUGUGUGUUAUAAUUGCAUUAUCUAAGUGUUGUCGUCCUGAUCCCAACGGCUGUGGAUGUUACUGCCUUGGAAGCUGGGAGCUGGGCAGGAUUAGAGACACCCAAGGCAUUAGAUGCCAGACACCCGUUGGCUAACCUAGCUGUGUCAUGUAAAAUCACCUGCAAAAGUGCCCCCCUCCCCUUCAUUCCAUCCGAGCUUGGAGGUACGUUAUCUUUAUUUUAACUGCCUGCCUCUUCCCUGGUGGAGAGAGAUGACUUUCUCAGUGGCUGUAACCCGAUUGUGGAACUUGUUCCCAAAGGAGGCUAGGCUGUGCCCCUACCUUUUUUGCUUUUGCCGGUAGGCUGAAAGUGUUUUGUUUAGCCCAUUCACUGACUGUUGUGGCAGGGUCUUUUGAGGUUAGCAUACCCUUCAACAUCUCUCAAUGGAAAUAGGGACAUCCUAUUCCAUCAUCAUCAUCAUCAUCAUCUUUUUAUUAUUUACAGUGAGGGGGGAAAGUAUAUGAUCCCCUGCUAAAUUUGCCCGUUUGCCCUCUGACGAAGAAAUGGCCAGUCCAUAAUUUUAAUGGUAGGUUUAUUGUAGCUGUGAGAGACAGAAUACCAUUAAACCUACCAUUAAAAUUAUGGAAUGGUCAUUUCUUCGUCAGAGGGCAAACGGGCAAAUUUAGCAGGGGAUCAUAUACUUUCCCCCCUCACUGUAUAUCCUGCCCAUAUGACAGAGUUGCCCCAACUACCCUAGGCGACUUCCAACAUAUAUACAAACAUAAUAAAACAAUAAACAUUUUAAAACUUCCCUAUACAGAACUGUCUUCAGAUGUCUUCUAAAGGUUGUAUAGCUACUUAUCUCCUUGGCUCAGGGGUUGCAUAACUCUGUAUCCUACAACACUUCUCUGAUGAAAAUAGGGACAUAUUAAGGAAAAGUGGGGCAUUCCAGGAUUACAUCAGCUUCCGUAAAUCUGGGACUGUCCCUGGAAAAUAGGGACACUUGAAGAGUGUGGUGUAGUGUUUGCAGGUGGGGGGGGGGUUAUUCCAUUUGCAGGGCCAUCUGGGCUCGACAAGGCUUGUGUAGCAAAUAGUGAGUUCAGUUGGGUAGGUGCAGCCAGAUAAUUGUCUAAUUGCCCAGUAGUUUGUUUGCAACUCAGGCUAAGCCACUGAGGGGCAGAAACAAUGCUAUACAGUCAUACCUUCGAAGUUGAACGGAAUCCGUUUGACUUCCAAAACGCUCAGAAACCAAAGUUCCUGCAGUCAAUCCGAAGCAGUGGAAGCCCCAUCGGACGUUCGGCUUCCAAAAAUAUUUCGCAAACCCAAACAGUCACUUCUGGGGUUGCGGCGUUUGGCAGCCAAAACGUUUAAGACCUAAGCUGUUCAAAAACCAAGGUACGACUAUAUUUGCAGUCUUCCUUCUCAACACUGAGGCGUUCGUGUGCUUUUGUAGCUGAUCUAAGAUAUAUGUAUGCCAUCUUAACCUGUCUGCUGUUUGCCACUGAGUAAGAAUGUCAACCCGGACCCCCAUGCCAGUGUAGCAUCCUAGGUAGCAGACAGCUGUGUGUUUUGCUUUUUGUUUCUAAAUGAAAACAAACACCUCCCAACCUUUUUUGCAGCUUGAAAAAGCAAAGGAAUGUACAUAUGUCUGUAUUCAAAAAUGCAUUUGUAUAUUUGAUACAAUAUUUGUAUUUCACUUUUCCAACAACAAAUGUUGAACUCAAAGCAGUUCAGAAUAUUAACAAUAGCAUAAAAAACAAACACUGCAAUCAUCAUAAUAUCAAACAAAAUAGUGUAUAAAUAAAGCAAACAGCAGCAACAAGGUCAUCAAUGCAAUUAAUACAAUUCAGUAAAGUCAUAGUAAUUCAUAGUGUUGCCAUGAUACUUUCUAAUCACAUGGAACCUUACUCCAGAACAAACAAACAAAAAAUGGAUUAGCUGUGGCCUCUUAGUUAUCAAAUGCACUGUUUUUAACACUUCAAUGGAUGGGAAGGUCUUCACUGUACAUGAACUGUAGACACUUACAUGGAACUAUAUAUUUACAAAACCAUUUGGGGUGGGUGGGUAAGGUCAUUGUGUCACUGGUGGCUGGUGAUCAGCUUUGGAUAUAGCUGGAGAAGAAUAUUUAUUCAUUUAUUUAUUUAUUUGCUUCACAGCCGCCAGACCCCUGAACAAGAGACAGCAUGGUUUGCUAGCUAUCUGACUGAGUGCCUGGCUUUCACGAUGCCUGUGCAGGCGGCUCAGUGGACAGAGUUCCUGUCCUGCCCAAUCUGCUACAACGAAUUCGACGAGAAUGUGCACAAGCCCAUCAGCUUAGGCUGCUCACACACGGUCUGCAAGACCUGCUUGAAUAAGCUUCACCGCAAGGCCUGCCCUUUUGACCAGACAGCCAUCAACACUGACAUUGAUGUGCUUCCUGUAAACUUUGCACUUCUCCAAUUAGUUGGAGCCCAGGUAAAGGAAAGGAGCUUGUUUUGGUUAGAAUUUAUACCUCUCAAAAUAAUAAUUAUAAUUAUAAUAAUAUCAGGUCUGAUCCUCCUGUGAAUUUUUGCUUGUGUACAGGAGCUGAAAAAACACACUGGGAGUUCAAAUACCUUAACUGGAAAUAGAUGGAGAAGGGAAUCUCUCUCUUUUUUAGCUGUUCUUUCCAUAAGGCAAGCAGAUGCUGGGGACAGUGGAGGCAGCCUCCUUGCUGGUGCUCCUAACCCCCGUUUUCUGGCCAUUCCCCUUGGUUGAAGGGCAGCACUGUACAUGCUACAUGGCAUAUACUGGCCCUCCUGAGCCAGCUUGUUGCCACAGGGUAGGAAGUGGAGAAUGGGCUUGGGAUGGGUGUUCAUCCAUAUGCAGAUGAUACCAAGCUCUACCUCUCAGUAUACCUGAAGGAGUGUUUCCAUUCCCACCAUUCAGCCCGGACACUCAGGUCCAGCUCCGAGACCCUUCUGGUGGUUCCCUCCCUGCGAGAAGCCAAGUUACAGGGAACCAGGCAGAGGGCCUGUUCGGUAGUGGCACCCGCCCUGUGGAACGCCUUCUCAUCAGAUGUCAAGGAAAUAAACAGCUAUCUGACUUUUAGAAGACAUCUGAAGGCAGCCCUGUUUAGGGAAGUUUUUAAUGUUUGAUGUUUUAUCAUGUUUUUAAUAUUCUGUUGGGAGCCGCCCAGAGUGGCUGGGGAAACCCAGCCAGAUGGGCGGGGGUAUAAAUAAUAAAUUAAUAUUAUAUUAUUAUAAUUAUGUGGGCAAGCCCUGUGCCAUAUACUUAAAGUUUGAUUAUAGUUGGGGAUUAAAGUUGACAAGCCAAAGGCCAGGCAGAAAAGGGGGGGUCUCAAGGAGAAGAGAGAGAGGAGGCACCCUAUACUUGUUAAUUUCAUAGCAACCUUGUUUGCAUGUACUGCUAAGCCAAACCAUGGCUUUCUGCAGAGGUGCAGGCUUCCAGAGAGGGAAUGGUGGCUAAUUUGCACCUCCAGUAAUUUUGUUGCUGCAUUAAACUAAGCCAUGGUUUGGUUUAGCAUGUUGUCUGAACCUGGGCUUGUGGUUUAGCUUGCCUGGAAAAAUAUUAGCAUUAUAUGGAAACCGUGCCAGUAUGUUUCCAUUUAAUAGUUCUGAUAUUUCAUUAGUUUUAUUCCUUCUGUUUCAUUGGCCUUUUGUUUUGUUGCCUUCUUUGCCUUCAGUUUCAGGUGAAGGGCUUAUCUGCACUUAUCUUUUGCCCCACUUUUUCCAAGUACAAGUCCGCGCUUAAAAGCUCCAUUUCUGAGUGUGAGGAUUUUUUUGCCUUGAAGCUUUCCCCCUGAAAACCCACUCUUUAAUGCUCAAGCAGAGCAAAUGUCAACUCAAGUUUUCUGCAAAUUGCUGUUUGGUCUGAUUAAGCUUUAAAGAGCAGCUUUUCACAGGGAAAGCUCCGGGGGGGGGGAGUGGGGGCGCUCUGACAUGGAGCUUUAAAGUGCAGACCAUGCCUGGAAAGAGCAGAAGAAAGGUAAGUGCGGAUAAGCCCCAAGAAAGGCUUUCCUCAAAUAACAAAAGUGUUUAAAUCACAUUUUGAUACAUCAACAUUUUGUUUCCUCACAAACUGCAUGCAUUGUCUGCAUGUACUUUUGUAAACCAAGAAAACCUUUAAUAAAAAGUAUUCUCUCUCUCUCUCUCUCUCUCUCUCUCUCUCUCUCACACACACACACACACACACACACACACCCCUAGUGGUAUCUUAAAGGCAUGAAAUCUUAUGCUAGGUCUGGGUCUAAUCAAAUAAGCAAGCAUUGCUGCUUAUUGUCAAGUCAGAUUUUUAGUGGCAGCUCUUUGAUCUUGCAUAAUUCCAGAAUUAGGGUGCUUGUUGAGAAAUGGUGCAUAAUUUCCUGCAGCAUCACAUUAAUGGUGUGUAUCUCUCUCCAUUCUUUGAUAACAAAUUACACACUGGUCACUGCUUCUUCCUUUCUGCAUUUGACCUGUACAGGCACCUGAUCACCAGACCAUCAAGCUAAGCAACUUAGGAGAGAACAAACACUAUGAAGUGGCAAAGAAAUGUGUUGAAGAUCUGGCACUUUAUUUGAAGCCACUAAGUGGAGGCAAGGGUAAGUUCCCCCAUGAGGUAGUGAAAGAAGCCGGUCAAGCUGGUGUCCUUUUCAAAUUGAAGGUUUUAAAUAUGAAUCGCACAUGGUGGGAAGCUGCCUUCGGCCACAUCAGACUGCUUGUUCAUCUUGUCAGGUUCCAGGACACCAGGAGGGCCCUUUUGGAUCCCAGUAAAGACCCACAAGCAAGGCAUGAGCGCAAUAGCCCUGUUCCACUAUUGUUCUCCUGCAAGUGGUAUUCAGAGGCAUGGGGUUUCUUUCAUCCUCUUAGUAGUAUAUAGCCACACGGAAGGAGAUUAGUUAAUUUGUCAACUGCCUUUCCCUGAUGCCCAGGUAGAAAUAGGCAAUUCUGCCAGUUUCGGUUUCUCUCAUUUUCUCAUUUUCCUAACUUUUAGUUUGAUUCAGUCCAUUUAUUUGUGAUUGUUUGCAGUAAAAAAAAGGGGAAAAAGGGCAGCGUCUUCAGGGAGAAUCUGUGUGCAUCUGCAUGCUUGUUUCUCCUAAUAUAUACAAAUUGUACACAAUUUUGCCUAGUAUUUUCUGUUUUCUCCUAAUUGCAUUUUUGUUCAUAUUUUUCCUAAAUAUAUCCAUUACUGUAUAAGUGUAUUUUUCACUAACAUAUUCAUCAUUAUAUGCACUGCACUGUAAAAUUCAGAAACAGACAAUAUUCAGAGACAUCAAAGGAUAGUGUGUGCUUUGAUUUGUUUUGUAUUUUAUUAAUUCAGGAAGUGCAAAUGUAGUAGGUUCAUAUAGAAAUGUAAACUGAAUGAAUUCUGCACCACCCCACCCCACCCCACCUGCUACCAAAAUCUGUGCAUUUCACAUGCCAUUGUGCCCCACCUGCUCACUGAGGAAAUCCUUGCCUUUCACAUUGAGUAGAAGGCCUCCCUGCUAACCUUUCUGCUUUUGUUCCUCCUUCUGAAGGCAUUGCCAGCCUGAACCAGAGCGCACUGAGCCGGCCUAUGCAACGGAAACUGGUGACACUAGUGAACUGUCAGCUGGUGGAAGAGGAAGGCCGGGUCAGGGCCAUGCGGGCAGCCCGCUCCCUCGGGGAGAGAACUGUCACUGAGCUGAUAUUGCAGCACCAGAACCCUCAGCAACUGUCUGCCAAUCUCUGGGCCGCUGUCCGGGCACGAGGGUGCCAGUUCCUCGGUCCAGGUAACCCCUAGCUGGAGUAAAUAGAGAGAGGGACUUGUCAGAGUGAAGCACUGAGGCCACAGUCCUGUACAUGCUUACCUGGGAGCAAGUUCCCUUGGAACUAAGACUCAUACUUCUGAAUGGAUACAUCGGGGAUUGGGCUGUUCAUCACUCAGACACUAUUUGAGAAAACUUCCUACCAGGUCCCCACCUUGGGGUAGAAGCUGGUGGGCUCUGUUUAUUUUUGGAACAAAUAAUUUAAGUUCCCAGCCUUCACUGUUGUGAAGGUUCAGGCAAAGAAUAGUUUGGGCCUACAUCCUUUAACCUGCUAUGGUUUGCCCUUGCUUUUUCUAGACCCUAAAUAACGUCAACCUAUGGCUUUCUAGCUAUGCAGGAAGAAGCCUUGAAGCUGGUGCUGCUGGCCUUGGAAGACGGCUCAGCCCUCUCCAGGAAAGUCUUGGUGCUUUUCGUUGUCCAGAGGCUGGAGCCAAGAUUCCCCCAGGCAUCCAAAACCAGCAUUGGCCACGUGGUACAGCUUCUAUAUCGAGCCUCAUGCUUCAAGGUGCAGUGCUUUCGAGUUUCUCAUUUCUAAUCUGUUUUAACUGUUUUUAAUUCUGAAAUUUACAUCGUUGUAGCCCACCCUAGACCCUGCUGGUAAAGUAAAUUUCAUAGUAAAAAAAAUCAUUCUAGGUUUUCUGCAGCUAGGCAACUCAUAGUUAGCAAAGUUGCUUUUAAUGAAAUAUUGGUUACGAUACCUCAGAAAAUGUUAGGGUAGUUUAGUAAUGAGAAUUAACUCAUGAGAAAUCUUUGUAGUACUAUCUCUCUGACCACUUCUUUUAAAACUUCAAAGGAAGACCAGUGCAAAACUAAUAUAUUUUUCAAAAAGUUUGGUUCUAUCCAUUUAUUAUUAUUAUUAUUUAUUACAUUUGUUAUUUGAUUUAUCUUCUCCAAGGUCAGCCAAAGCACCUGACCACCAUCUGGGUCUGAGUAGAGGCAGUGGUUCCCUACCCUAAUGACAAGUCUGUGUCAAUUUUAUAAAAGUUUAAAUCUAUGCAAUGAGAGCAUAGUAUUGUUCAUGACAGCAGUAACUGGUUAUAACACAAUAAUCAUGGGGUGCAUUCCUUUCCAUCAAAUGCACUUUUGGAUAUGCAUGGGGGGUAUCAGCAUGCAUUCUGCUGAAAGGUAGUGUGGUUCAGAUGGACUAUGUCUGCACAUGGAUGCAGCCCCACAGUCCUUUAAAUUGAUAUUUGAGUGCACUAGGCGUGGAGUGCCUGGCGUGCUCUGAUCCAUGGGGUCAUGAAGAGUCGGACAUGUCUAAAUGACUAAACAACAACAACAACAACAACAGGCAUGUUUGUUCAUUGACUGAUUUGUGUAGGUCACCAAAAGAGAUGAAGAUUCUUCCCUGAUGCAAUUGAAAGAGGAAUUUCGCAGCUAUGAGGCAUUGCGUAGGGAACAUGAUGCUCAGAUUGUCCACAUUGCCAUGGAAGCCGGCCUUCGGAUAUCACCAGAGCAGUGGUCUUCCCUACUCUAUGGAGACCUGGCGCACAAAUCCCACAUGCAGUCCAUUAUUGACAAGGUGUGUAGCGGCUACAGAAUAGUUGCUUUUUAUUUCGUUUUCUCUGAAAUACAGCACUACGUCUGGUGAUGAAGCUGCAUAGGGCAGAUUCUGAGCUGAGAGAUACAACCUCUCAGCACUGAUCCUCAAUUCAUGCAACCUGAAGACGUGCUGUUAAUUAUGGAAUAUUUCUCUCCUGCCUACACCUUCGGCUCAGGUCAAUCAAACAGCAACCAUUUUAUAGAACAAAAACUAAAAUACAUAACGAAUAAGAUUUGGGAAUGGGGAGCAGGGAAGAGAUUUGAUGUUUCUUGAUCCACAAAAAUAUGUGUGGAGAAAGUGGGUAGAAAUAAGCUCUUAUAAUACUAAAACUUGGAGCCAUCCAAUGAAACAGAACAGAAGAGUCAGGCUGGAGAAGAGGAAGUAUUUCUUCACACAGUGCAUAAUUAAAUUAUGGGAUUUGCUCACACAAGACGUAGUGAAGAUAAGACAAAUUCAUAGAAGAUAAGUCUUAUCAGUGGCUACAAGAAAAAAUGGUUAUGUUCUCUCUCUACUGUUGGAAACUGCAGGCCUCUAAAUACCAGUUGCUAGGAACUGCAAGUGGGGAACCUGCUUUUGUGCCCAGGUCCUGCUUGUGGGCGUCCCAGGAGAGGCAUCUGGUUGGCUGCUGAGAGAUCAGGAUGCCGGACUAGAUGGUCUGAUCCAGCAGGGCUCUUCAUAGGUUCACAGUAGAAUUUCCUUCAUAUAACGCAAAGCAGUACAGGAUUCCUUUUGGUGUACCAACCUCCCCGCUGCACCAAGGAUUCUUAUGUUUUAUUGUAUUUUUAAUAUUCUAUUGGAAGCCGCCCAGAGUGGCUGGGGAAACACAGCCAGAUGGGCGGGGUAUAAAUAUAUUAUUAUUAUUAUUAUUAUUAUUAUUAUUAAAGCACUUGUUUGUUUCUUUUCUUUAGCUUCAGUCCCCAGAAUCCUUUGCAAAAAGUGUGCAGGAGUUGACCAUUGUUCUGCAACGUACGGGUGACCCUGCAAAUUUAAACAGGCUUCGUCCCCAUUUGGAGCUAUUGGCCAACAUAGAUCCUAAUCCAGGUUUGUGAAUGGUCUGCAUGUGUACUUGAGCAUGCACACUCGCAUUUUGUUUUACAUUCCUUCCUUACAAAAGGAGAGGGAUAGUUUUAUUUCCCUUUUCACUGUAUACUGGGGGAUUUCUUUCUUAGUUGUUUUACUCACAGCAAGAUUUGUGCAUGUCAUGGGAAACCUAGAUAUACUGUAUUUUUUCACUCUAUAAGACGCACCAGGCCACAAGAGUUUUUGGAGGAGGAAAACAAGAAAAAAAUAAAUCUGAAUCUCAGAAGCCAGAACAGCAAGAGGGAUCACUGCGCAGUGAAAGCAGCAAUCCCUCUUGCUGUUCUGGCUUCUGGGAUAGCUGCGCAGCCUGCAUUCGCUCCAUAAGAUGCACACACAUUUCCCCUUACUUUUUAGGAGGGAAAAAGUGAGUCUUAUAGAGCAAAAAAUACGGUACUUUUGUCACAUGGGACAAUCUUUAUCUUGUUCUGUGUGGUUUCCUCCACAGGAGUGUGUUCUUUGUAGUAACCUGGUACCUGCUAGAUGUCGUUAGACUACAAAUCCCAUCAACCCUGACCCCUUGCCUGCUGUCUGGGGCUGAUGAGAGUUGUGGUCCAAAACAUAUAGAGGACAUCCGGUAAAGGAAGCCUGGUUGGUUGGUUGGUUGGUUGGUUGGUUGGCUGGUUAGUUGGUUUAAGUUAUAUACCAGCCUUCAUCUGAUUAUCACAGGAUGGUUUAUGGUAUAAGAACACAAAAAUACAUAACAUGAUAACAAAUAAAACAAUAACACUCCUCCAUUCAAACAUACAUCAUUUAAAAGGCCAUCAAUUAUUUAAUUAGCGAAAGGUCUGGGAGAAGAGGAAUGUUUUUGCUUGGUGCCUAAAUAUAUGUAGAGAAGAUGCUAGGUGGUCCUCUCUGGGGAGAGCAUUCCACAAGUGGGGAGCCACCACAGAAAAGACUCGUACUCAUGGUUUCACCUCCAGACCUCUCAUGGAGGGGGCACACAAAGAAGGGCUCCAGAUCAUGAGAUAAGGGCUUUAAAGCCCUAUACGGCCUAGGACCCUCGUACCUACGGGACCGCCUCUCCUGGUAUGUCCCACAGAGGAACUUACGGUCUGCAAAUAAAAACAUCCUGAAGAUCCCAGGCCACAGAGAGGUUAGGCUGGCCUCAACUAGAGCCAGGCUUUCUCGGCUGCGGCUCCAAUCUGGUGGAACGCUCUGUCACAAGAGACUAGGGCCCUGCGGGACCUGACAUCUUUCCUCAGGGCCUGCAAGACAGAGCUGUUCCACCAGGCCUUUGGUCAGGGCGUAGCCUGCCCCCUCCUCUGGCAAUCUGCACAGAAUUUUGCUUAAUGGUUGCCACCAAUUUGAUUUUAAUUAAUUUUUAUAAUGAAAUGUUUUUAGAACGUUGGAUUAUUUUGAUUGUUGUUAGCCGCCCUGGGCCCAGCUUCGGCUGGGGAGGGCGGGAUAUAAAUAAAAUUUAUUAUUAUUAUUAUUAUUGGGUUGGUUCAUAUGGGGAGAGGCAGUUUAUGCAGUUGCCAACUGUGAGAUAGUAGAAGUGGUAGAGAGGCCCAAUCACAGAUCUGGGAAAACAAAACUUUAGGACUCCAGUUUGGCUCUACAAGAAAAAUACUGUGAGAAAAUGACGCCAUGACAGUUGAGCAUCCGUGUAGCCUGGUGGGAAUUUUGGCACCAGCAGAGCUCCUGGAUUGUUUCUGCUUAGCUCAAGAGAAAAGUUGUAACUGACCAAAAAAUGUGGUGCAUUCCUGUUUGCUGCCGAUAGCUCACUUUCCCCUUCCUCCUCUUUUGCUGCUCCCACAGAUGCAACAUCUCCAACAUGGGAACAACUGGAAAAUGCCAUGGUGGCUGUGAAGACCGUUGUCCAUGGCCUGGUGGACUUCAUUCAGAAUUACAGUAGGAAAGGCCAUGAAACUCCACAGGUGACUGACUGAUAUUAUUUAGCUGGUUGUUUUUAGCUUGCUUUUUGGCCAAUAAAGGGGCCUUGACUGAGGGGCAGAGCGCCUGCUCCACAUACAGAAGUUCCCAGGUUCAGUCCCCGGUCUCUCCAUACAGGGCUGGCUGGGGAAAAGACAUCUGUUUGAAAUCCCAGAGAAGGUGUUGGCAGCUUCCUGAACUGGGAAUAAUAAUUUUAUUAUUUGUAUUCUGGCCCUCUGACUGGGUUGACCCAACCACUCUGGGCAGUUAAGAUUUGACCUGUAGAUUUGGGAUGUGAAUAAAAUUGUAAGAUAUAUGGUGGUCCACAGUUUUCUGGCCCCCACUGAGGGGGAAGACCUCUGGCUGCACAUUUUGAGGGUAAAAUCAUUCAGCUUCAGAGAGACAUUGGUUCCACAGCUGCUGCAGGCCUUUAUGUAGGGCUUCCCUUGUGCUUUGUCCGGAAAAUGCAUUUAGCGCAGAAUGCUGCUGCAUAAUUCCUGAUGGGACCAAGAGUCUCUCAGGAUCUUCACCUGUGCUCAGAGAUUUGCACCUUCUGCCAGUUCACUACCAGGCUGAGUUCAAGGUGUUGUUCUUGGUAUUUAAAGCCCAGAACAACAUGGGACUAGUUUCUUAAGCAAUCGCCUUAUCCCAUAUAUGUCAAAUUGGUCAUGCGCUUCUAAAAGUGCCACAAAAUGUCUGCUCUUUGUUUUUAAGAAGUCAUUCCUUGGUUGUGGUGGCUCUGCACUUUUAGACUCCUGCUGAUUCCCCCCCCCCCCCGUUUUGUCAGGCCUGCCUGAACACAUGAUUUGGGUAUAGCUGUUCCUACAUUUGUUUUAGGUGGUUCGUUGUGUUUAUUAUUAUUAGAUGUGUUUGAAUGUUUGGAAUCUGUUUUUAGUGUGCUUUUAAUUACUUAUUAUUACUGUGUUUGCCACCUUGGGCUCCUCCCUUGGGGAGAGAAGGGAGAUUGCACCUCUUGUCUCCCCCUGCCAUAGGCAGCUGGGUCCAAGGGACUAAAGAAAAGUAUAUUUUAAAAUGAUUCAAUAAGGUACAUCUGUAUCCAAGUAUUAGAAUUUAUCUAAUCUAGGAAUGCCCACCUGCUGCCAUGACUGUUGGUGGUAAAGAGGUGGUGCUUGUGUCUUUUUUGCGGGUGGCCAGAGGCAUCCGGCUAACUGCUCUUAGGAACCAAAGUAUUAAGCAUGGACCAUGUGUCAUUUCAUUUUUACGAUCAGCAUUAAUCUGCAACACUCUAGGAUCCUUUUUGGCCCACAGGAAUUAGAACAACAACAAAAGAGAAAGAUGUAAUAGUGUUUAUCUGUUCUAGCUAACUUUUUCGGUAUAAGAAUAAAUGUAGAAUUAAAAAUAUAUAUAUGAAGAAAAAUUAAAACAAGAAAGAAAAGAAAGGAACCAAUGAUCCGUGGGCCAAAUAGAUCUUUGGGGCUGUCCAUAGGGAUAGUUGCUGGGGGUUUGUUUUAACUGCUUGGAAGUAGCUUGCUGCUUGUUCCUUGGAUUCCUGGGGGCUGGCACUUGUGGGCUUUUCUAGGGUAGGAGCCAGAGGCAGGCAGUGACUCUCCUGGUUGGUUCUCUUUUCUGAUGCUGCCUGGCAUAUUCUUAACACCUCCUGGUUGGAGGCAGUAAGGCUUCCAAAUACCAGUGGCUUGAAGCCACAGGGCGGGAGAGGGAGUGCGCCUGUUCUGCUUGCGAGUUUCCCACAAGCUUCUGGUUGGCCACUUAGAUGGGCCAGAUGCUGGACUUAGAUGGGCCACUGGCUCAUGGCUCUUCUUAUGUUCUCUCAGCGUGGUUGCAUGUUGAACUAACAGAACUAUGAAAGUUCUCAUGCUUAACUGACCAGCAGAUUCCAACUAAAAAUCAGGAAGAGCUUUCUGACCGUAGGAGCUGUUCGACAGUGGAACAGUCUCCCUUGGAAAGUGGUGGGCUCUCCUUCAUUGGAGGCUUUUAAGCAGCGGUUGGGUGGUCACAUCUCAGGGAUUCUUUAGCUGUGAUUCCCGCAUUGCAUAGGGUUGGACUAGAUGACCCUCAAGGUCCCUUCCAAAUCUACAAUUCUUCAAUUUUAUGGUGAGUACAGAACCCAGCACAGCUGUCAGUAAGGCGAAAGUCUUGCAAAUGCGGUCCUCUCGUUCUAGUGGCGUCAGCAACAACUCUGGUGGGGAUUUAUUCCAGGCUUGGUUUAUGUAAUGCAAUGUUUUCCCUCCCUCUCUCCCUCUUUCUUUUUGAAAGCUGCAACCAAAUAGCAAAUACAAAACAAGCAUGUGCCGUGACCUGCGACAGCAAGGCGGGUGUCCGCGAGGGACCAACUGCACUUUCGCUCACUCUCAGGAAGAGCUGGAGAAGUAAGUACUGGGAAGUGGGGGAGGAGCAGGAACUCUCCCUAAGCUGGUGGAUGCGUUGCAGCAGAGGCUUGAUGCACAGUGUUCCCUGAAUGCAGGGAUGGGCAGCCUGCUGCCCUCCAGGUGUCAUUGGACUCCAGCUCCCUUUGGCCCCAGACCGAGGAAGGUGGAAGUGGGUGGGUGGAGAAAUAUUGCAGCUCAAUAAUACCCUGUGGAUUCAGCCUGGAUGGUCAAUAAGAUCCAGACUCCAACUGCCAGGCAAACAGGACAUUUAUGUAGGCAUUGUAAGGCCAGUGCGACACAACCUCAGCCAGCAGGUAGUUGAGAGGUAGCACCCAAAUAUGAAAGAAAAAGAAACCCCACAAGCAUUUAUAGGUUUACAAGCAAAGGGGUGGCUGUGUCCAUAUAUGGCAGCACUUCCUUAUACUGGCUUCUACUGGCUUAAUCUCAAGGCACAGCAACUUUCUUAAUUUCCACUCCUUUCUUUGUCCUUAACCUUAACCGUGGUAGCAGUAGCUUCUACAUACAUGUCGUCCUUCUCUCGCAGUUUCCUUGCAGACAAAACCUUCACUUCACUUAGCCCUUUUCACAUGCAUUUCAAUUUUCUUUAGUUUUAAAAUCGCUUUUAUAAUUUUAUUUUCCUACGCACAUCUUUCCCUUAAUGCAGGGAUGGGCAGCCUGCGGUCAUUCAGGUGUUGUUGGACUCCACUCCCAUUGACUCCAGACCAGGGAAGAUGGGAGUGGGUUGUCAUCCAACAGCAGUUGUAGUUCCCCCAUCCCUGACUCUCUCUCUGGCCUCUUGUUCCAUCCUGAGAGGCCUCCUUUUGUUCUGAAGCCAUGCCAACAUCUCAGUGUGAGAGUAAUUCCUGAUCUCUUUUGCCGUUAAGAUGGCAGGUACGCUUGGAGGAGGGAACAUUUGGCCCUCCAGAAGUUGCUCAACUACAACUCCCAUCAUCUCUGGCUACUGACCAUCAGUUGGGGGGCUGAUGGGAGUUGUGGUUCAGCAACAUCUGGAGGGCCAAAGGUUUUCUACACUUGCGCUAGCAGGUCUAUUUAGCUGGACAACACCCUCAUAUUUCAUGUAAAUAUGUUGACGUCCCUUCCUUUGACAAUGCCUCCCCCUGCAAAAAAAGUAUUUGGCCUAGCUAAAUCAUGAAAUUCUUUAAAUGAUAGCAAGCUUUCCAAAAUGUUCAAUCUCAUCUUCAUUUAAGUCAUAAGUUUAAGAUACUAACAUUACUUCCUUUGCUAUCUAAUCCACUGGGUUUCCAUCGAAUUCCUUAUCUGCACAGUAUGUUAUUUUCCUGCAUUGAAGAAUGCACCGUAAGUGAAUUUGGACAAAAAAUUUUGGCACUGACAAAGAUUGCUUAGCUAAAAACAAACUGAAAAGUGGCAGCGAUUUUUUUUUUUUUUAAAUCACGAGGCUGAAUAAAUUCUGUUCAGCAUACUUAACAUACCAUGAGAGACAGUCAAGCAAUAAUGAUAAAGAUUAUCCAACAAGCUUAUUACACAGCAAGAGUCUUACAAGGUAAUACAAAAGAUGCCACAGCAUGAAGAGUGAAAAGGCUUUAAAUAUGCAAUUUUACAAUUUUCUAUCAUUUUAAAAAUUGAAUUAACUACUAAUGGAUUAUUAUUUUGAAAUGUAAAUAAAACCAGUUAAAAAACAAAAAAAAAAAAACACCAGGUGUAACGCUGAAACCUUUCUCAAAUUACUUUUGGCUCUUUCAGAAACAGUCAUCUGCCUCUAAUUUGAAUAGGAGCUCCCCUUGCUCAGAUUUGUAGGGGGGAUAGAGCUAGAGCCAGAGAACUGUGGGGCAGACUGGAGGAGGGAAGUUGGUGGGGGUCUCGGCAGUGACCCUUCCUUCAAGACAACUCAAAAGGAUCUAGCUUUGGGGAUGGCUCCCUGAUGUCCAGUCUCCCUUUGGUUUGAGUGUUCCUGGAACAUCUUCAGAUGCUGCGGCAAGCCCUAUCCAAUUUAUCAUCACCAUCACCAUCCAUUUAUUUAUUAAAUUUGUAUAUUCAUCCAUAGAUCUCAAAGUGGGUCACAACAUAAAAAUACAAGAAAACCCCCACAAAACAUAUAAUAACAAUAAUAACAAACCAAUAAUAAUCCCUGCCUCCCACAACACGUUUAAAAGGGCAUUGAAUGUCUGUCAGCCAAAGGCCUGGUCGAAGACCAUUUUCACCUGCUGCCAAAAGAUGUAUAAUGAAGGCGCCAGCCUUUCUACCACACAGUUCCAAUUUAAGAAAUAAUAAAUGGGCUUUUCUGAGCAAGCUGAGGCCCAUACACAUGUGGAAGCUGUUCUCCAUAUGCAUGCUUUCCGGAACUGGCAAAGCUGACACACAGAUUCCAGGAAAUGGACAAUAGGGAUUUUGAAAAAGAGUGGGAAACUUUUAUAUUAUAUUUGCAGAAACAAAGAAAGAAUAUUGACCUGAUGGUAGGAUUUAAAUAAACAUUCACCACUUUAUGAAUAGGGAACAGAUAAUGUAAUAAAAGGAAAAAUAUGAUAUUUGUAGAAAACAGCAGAAUAUACGAAUGAGGUUAAUAAAUCAAAAAUGGAAGUUGAGGGAAGUCCAAAAGGGGGGAGGGAGAGAUGUGAUGUAAGCUGUAUGUUAUAAGUAUAUUUGUAAUGAGAGAAAAUAAAAUUAAUAAUAAUUUUUUUAAAAGACAUAUGCCUGCUUUCCAAGUAUCCCGAUUUUCCAGGCACAGCCCCAGAAUUUCAGAAGCCGUCCCUGUUUCUGAUUUGAUCGCAGAAUGUCUGUUUUCCUUUUCCUCCCCUCCUUAUCUCGGAAAACAAUUAAAAGGGGUGUGUGUAGAAACAAAAACGGAGUCUUGUUUAUACUAAAAAUAACAUACCAGCACCAAAUGAAGGAAACGGCGAAGCUGGCAUAAUAAAGCCCUUCCUGUAACUUUGAAGGGAAAUGUCACCUAAAUUCACAUGCCCACUGCUUUAUUGCAACCACAGGUAUCGGCUGAGGAACAAGAAGAUCAGUGCCACAGUGAGAACCUUCCCCCUGCUAGGCAAAGCCAGUGUCACGAGUGCAGUAUCCACCACGACAGGAAGCAUCAUUUCCAUCAUGGGAAGCGCGGAGAGCUCUGGGAAGAUGUCACAGAGCACUAACGGCAUUGUGAGCCUGGAGAGUGGCAGCCCCCAGCUGAUCCCACGUUGCUCUGACCCCUCGUCCAUGAUGGUGUUGGAGAACGUGAAGAAAGCGGGGAAAGCUGGAGCCAAUGGACAGAACACCCCGGGCUCCUUGGCAGACCCUCUCUCUGAAAAGUAUGUGCCAUGCUUGAAAGAAGGAACAUAGCUCAGCGGCAGAGCAUCUUUCUUGCAUGCAGAGGGUCCCGGGCUCAGUCCCCAGUGGCAUCGCCAGGUAGGGUAGGGAGAGGCUCCCUGCCUGAAACCCUGGAGAGCCGGUGCUGCCAUUCAGUGUAGACAGUACUGAUCAAGAUGGACCUGUGGUCUGGCUCAGUAUAAUGCAGUUUCCUAUGUUCCCUCUGUUCCCAUUACUCCCCCAUGAACAUGCUGUUUUUCCAUGCAGGAGGCAAUUCCUCUUCUCAAAAAGGCCCCUGCUGUGAUGUGUGCAGCCAGCCUGGUCAGUAGCCAGAAAUGGUGGGAAUUGGGGGUCCAGCAACAUCUGGAAGGCCCCAGGCUCCCCAUUCCUGCCGUGACUGAAAGCAAAGAGGGAAUGCUUUUUAAAACCAACAUUAGAGGUUUUGUCUACAUGCCUAAAUUUAAAAAGUUACCCCGAGAUUUCUAUAAUUCAAGAGACAGCCUAAAUUUAAUCUCUCUCUUUCUAAAUUUCUUCCAGUAAAAUUGGUUCCCUUUCGAAGACUCCUGUCAGUCAGGUGGCAGCUACCUCAGCAGGUCCUCCUCCGCCGCCGCCGCCUCCUCCUGUGGGCACAGAGAUGAACUCCAUCACGCCCCAAGUUGGCCCAUUUGCUGCUCGAAUGCCUGUCUACCCGCCUCACUCCGACAGCCUCCAGUAUUUUCAAGAUCCCAGAACCCACCUCUCCUAUGAACCCCAGCAGUACCCGCAAGCAGGUGAGGCACUGACAGGGCACUCAAGCAGACCUGGCCUUUUCUGUGGCCACCCCUGGAUCAUGGACCUGGCCAUCGGACCUGCUGUCCUUUAAGCCCCAAGUAAGGACAGUCCUCUUCCUUCAUGCUUUCAGUGGUGGCCCACACUGGUGGAGUAGAACUUUUAUCGCUGUGUGUAUAAAAUUAUGUGUGGUGUGUCUAGAGAGAUGUUUUUCUCCCCCUCUCAUAAUACUAGAACCUAGUGGAGUCAUCCAGUGAAGCAGAAUGGUGGAAGAUUCAGGACAGAAAGGACUUUUUCACUCAGUGUGUAGCUCAAGCUUCCUCAGUCUGAUGCCCCAGUACAUGACUGUAAUGUCUCUUCCAGCCUGGCCAUGCCGGCUGGGGCUGAUGGGAGUUGUAGUCCAAAGCACCUGGUGGGCACCUGGGGAAAGUUGGCCUAGAUGGAUUGGUUUCAAAACAUCAACUGAAAAUGUGCUUCCUAAUAAAUACUGAGUGGCAGAUUUUAACAUUUAUUCUUUAAUACAACUGUAUAUUCCAAAGAGAUGCAAGCCCCUUAAAAAAGGCAUUCCCUCUGCUUGCAUGGGAGAAAGAAGAUGCAACACAUGUAACAUGUAACCGAGGGCCUUCUCGGUGGUGGCACCCACCCCGUGGAAUGCCCUCCCAGCAGAUGUCAAGGAAAUAAGAAGCUAUCCUGUUUUUAAAAGACAUCUGAAGGCAGCCCUGUUUAGGGAAGUUUUUCAUAUUUAAUGCUUAUUUUUUUUAACACUCGAUUGGGAGUUGCCCAGAGUGGCUGGGGAAACUCAGCCAGAUCGGCGGGGUAUAAAUAAAUUAUUAUUAUUAUUAUUAUUAUUAUUAUUAUUACAUGUGUGAUAUGCUAUCUGCAAACAAAACUGACUCCUCUUCUUCCCCCAUCCUCUUUUGGAAAUAUUUUAUAUACCCAUAUGCAGAUUUAGGCUGCAAUUCUUAGGACACUUACCUGGGACUAAACCCCACUAAACAUAGUGGAAUUUACUUCUGAGUAAACAUGCACAGAAUUGUGCUGUAAAUUGAUUAAUCAGGUAUUUAUUAAACAGUUACCAGAGAGGUAGCUGUGUUGGUAUAUCACAGCAAAAUCGACAAAGGGUCUCAGGCUUUGUAGAUGGAAAGAAUGAAAUGUUAUUCUGGUUGCACAUUAAGGUGGUGGGGUUUUUUCAUCAAUGCGGUCAGAGGUAAAUGAAAUUCAGAAAAGUAGACAGUGAUAAUUAUUAACAGUGGUCAUUCACAAAAAAGUUGCAUUGGUAAUACAAGCAGCAUCUGUACUGUUCAGAUCUCACCCUCCCCCAACUACUUUUAUACACACUUGUAGCAUAGAAAACAUGAUGCCAUUUUGUUAAUGUGUAGGUGCCACAAAGCUGUUGAUUUAUUUUAAACAUUUAUAGCUUACCUUUGUGCAUGACCACAGGCCUCCAAGACAAGUGAUUGUAAGUGUCAGUUAACAGUAGCAACCAUUAUUGUUCUGUAGUUAAUGGCAGUGGAGACUAAUGAAGGCUUUGUGGGUGAGUGGGAACCAUGAUGACAAAUGACCCCCUCUCCCCCAACUUUAGCAGCUGUAUGUUGUAAAAUUCAUAUAGCUCACUUACUUUUGAUUUCUCUUAAUUAUUUCUACCAAUAGCCUUACUCCACUGACAGCAGUUGCCUUAUGUCAGUCUACAUUGUGGCAUAUAAAGAAGAGAAUAUUUCUGGCCCAUUUAAAUGUGUACAGAGGGGAGAAAUUAUUAUUGGGCUUAUAUUCUGAGGAGAGGAAUGGUUUUUAUGCAGACAAGUAAGUUCUGUUCAGCUACCCACCACCUUAAUGUGCAACCAGAAUAACAUUUCAUUCUUUCCAUCUACAAAGCCUGAGACCCUUUGUCGAUUUUGCUGUGAUAUACCAACACGGCUACCUCUCUGGUAACUGUUUAAUAAAUACCUAAGAUCUGGCAGCUAAGAACACCUGGUCAAUGCAUGCAGCAAAAACAAGGUGAUAGAAUUAUCUGUACCAUUGCAGGCUUCAGGUGGAUGGAUGGAAGAUAAUUUUAAAAGAAAACAUCUCCCUGCAAGUAGAACACUAGCAAAAUUGUAGCCUAGUCUGCUCCCUGCUGUGCCAGUUUUCUGCUUGUGGGGAUAUCAUCAUUAUUCAUUUUUGCAUGGGGAAGCAUUCAAAAUGGAUCUGAACAUGGUGCAGUCCACACUACUUCCUAAUUCUGCUGCAUGUGCAGACUGGCCCUAGAAUAAUGUGAAGUUCUAGGCCAAGCUCAGCAAGUGUCUCUUGUUCCAUAGGAUACUACCCAGCACCACCGACAGUUCCAGCUGGUGUGGCCCCUUGCCUCCCUCGCUUUGUGCGGCCCAGCAAUGUCCCUGAAUCCGCACUCCCAUCUGCUUCUGUGCCAUAUGGCGAUCAUUACAGCGCAUUCCCCCCUGGGGACAGAUUGAGCUCUCCUUACCAGCCACCACCGCAGCCCUAUGGGCCAGUCCCGUCUGGGAUGUAUGCCCCGCUCUACGACAGCCGGCGGAUCUGGCGGCCGCAGAUGUACCCAAGGGAUGAAAUAAUCCGGAGCAACUCCUUGCCUCCCAUGGACGUCGUCCACCCCACUGCCCACCAGUCCUUCCUGCGAGAGAGAUACAACUCUUUGGACAGCUACCAUUCCAUGGCCUGCCAGUUGCCGGCUGACCAGAGGACGGUGCCUUCCUUGAGGGUAGGUUCCCCACUAGCCACUGGAGCUUUGUUCCUUUCUGCUCUGAGGCCUCUCAGAUAUCCCUAACCAGCUCCUCAGGGGCCCCUGGUGCCGUUUUGCCUGCAGGCAGAGACGCAUUUUAUUUGCCUGGGACUCUUAAACUUGCUGCAUGAAUUACUCUCCUGUGUGGCUUCCUUUUUGGAAGCUCCCUAGGCCGAAUGAGAUGAUGUCUUAUAACUUUGGGGCAUUUCUGCGACCUGAUUUUUUUCUGUUUAAAUGGUUUAUGGCUCUGAGCUGAAGAGCACCCCCAUACUGCAUAAAACGAGGCAGAGGUGAAACAAAGCAAACAUAAGGAGCAAGAGCAAGUGCACCCAAUACUUGGGGCAGGGGCCAGUUAGGACUCCUUGUGACCCUCCUGCUCACAUUCCUUACCCCAGUACCACACUUGAAUCCUUGCACACUUCUGGGAUGUAGGCUGGCAGGAUACAAGGCUUGCUUCCCCUUUUGGGAAGCUGCUAACGCCUGUCUUUUGUUUAAUCAGAGCAAGCUCCUGGCCAGCUGGUGAAUUCCUUUGGGGGAAGUAUCAGAGAGAAGGGUGUAGGGGAAAGGUUGCAGCUGAGUGGUAGAGCAUCUGCUUUGCAUGCAGAAGGUCCCAGGUUCACUGCCCAAUGGCAUCUCUGUGUCUGAAACCUGCUGCCAGUCAGUGUAGACAGUACUGAGCUAGGUGGACCCGUGGUCUGGGUCAGUAUAAGACAGCUUAUGCUGUGUAUUUCUGGUUUUAACUGCCGUCACAUGGUUCAGAUCAGGAGGAAGUUGGGCAUGGUGGGAGGAGAUGCAGCUUAAUGCCUUCCUUGCAUUGCCAGCUGAACAUUUAUUUAUUUAAUAGGUUUAUGUGCCACCCACUCAUGUAAAAUAUAAAGGCGGCCCACAACAGUAUAUUUACAACAGACCAUGAAAUAGCAUCAAACAGUACAAAAUUAUGCAUUGCCGCUGAUGUGGCAGAGCACCCGCCCUGCGUGCAAAGGGUCCCAGGUUUUGCUCCCCAGGUUCAGGCAGGUCUGGGAAUGUCCCCUGCCCUGGAGAGCCGCCACAAGUCAGCAGAGACAGUGCUGAGCUGAGUGGACUAACGGUGUGACUCCAUACAAGGCAACUUCCUGUGUUCUUGUAACACAAGCCUUUGAGCGGCUAACUCUUGUGUUCUAUGUGAGUUUCCUGUAAUGUUAAUUGGUCCUGAUCUGGCACCUUUCUCCUAGGAUCCUUGUGGCCACUUGAAACCCACUUACGACGACCCACUGCGGAGGAAGCCAGAGCAGUGGGCCCCAUGCCACAUACCAAAAACGCCUCUCGUGUCCUCCUCCACUCUGCCUGCAGCCGCACAGUCUCCUCCUCCUCCUUCCCCUCUCUUCAACGUGGACUUCAGCCGAGAAGUAAGGCACCAGAUUGCUACAGGGGUGUGGGUGGGGGAAGAGCACAACUGCUCCACCAGAUGCUUUGGCACUCCUUUCUCCUGAGGUUCAGCACAUGCUCCCUCGUGUCCUGCCUGAAAGUGGAUGCUUCCCACGAUGGCUUGGGAUUUAACUCCAUAGGGCAUUGUGGGGAACUUGUGGCCCUCCAAAUAUGGUUUGGCUCCAGGCUCUCCCCUCCCCCGCAGCCAGGAGUGAUGGUAGUUUGAUUCCAGCAACAUCUGGAAGGCCACAUCUGUAGUCUAAUGACCAAUGGUGGUCCUGAGGCUUGGGAUCUCCUACAAUUUUGUUUUGAUAAUUUGUAGUCCUGCAUGGUUGCUUUGAAGAGCUGGGAUGUGAUUUAAUCCUCCUAGACACUUUUCGUUUUCCAAAUCUCUUCCCCCCACCAUACACACCCACUUGCUAUUAACUUCAUGGAGGGGAACAAGGCAGCUACAAGCUCUUUCUCUCUCUUCUACUCACCCCCCUCCCCACCACAAGCUAAUAGCAGUUUGCACCAGGGCCAGUAUUUAGAUUGGGGAAGGAUAUUGAGAUUAAACAACUCGCAUAGGACCAUUUAUCUGUUUUGGGGAGAUUUUUCAUAAUCACAGAAUUGCAGGGUUGGAAGGGGCUGUGCAAUCACUGAUUUCAAACCUCCAAUGAGGGAGACUGCAUCACCUUCCGAGGAAGUCUCUUCCACUGUCAAAUAGCUCUUAACCUCCAGAAAGUUCUUUCUAAGAUUUGGUUAGAAUCUUUUUUCUUGCACUUUGAAUCCAUUGGCUUUGUUUUAUUAAGUUGCAGUCCCAUGUCGCUGGUUAGGAUGGCUGCCUGAUAAAAAGAUAAACCUCCCACAUCAGGCCUACCUGCCACCCUCCUAGUGGAAACAAAACUUCAGCAGGCACCCCGUGGUUGCUCUUACUUAUCCUUGGUUCCCACCUCCCUUUUCCUUUUCCUUCUCUUCCCUUUCUGCCAUGUGAUUCCCUGCAACCUCCUCAUCACAGGGAAAUUGUUUUCCUUUUUCCUUCUGUUACUCUGCACAGCACAGUGUCCCCAAAUGUGCACAUGUUUCUGCUGCUGACAUGGGAAAUACACAAAAGGCCUUUGGGAUGAUUGGUCAAGAUCUUGUGGGAGAUCAGUCUCCAAAUCUAACAAAUGCAUGUUCUUGCUAGUUAGCAUGAGAGGGGGCUAAAUCCUCAGAGCUGUAUUGCUGAUAGGCGGAUACCCAGACCAUAGAAAUAAAAUUGGUAGAGAGGGCUCCGUGUGGUGUCAUUUCCCCUCCUCUGCUGGAAAGGAAGGGACAUAUAGUAUUUCCUGUUCCACUCUCUCUUCCUUUUGACCAGCGUUCGGAGACCGGCAGGCCCCACUUGCUCCGACUCCAGGCACAAGCCUGAAGCUGGUUAUACUGUAAAUAACGAGUAUUUUGGCUGCAUAGUUUUUUACUGCUGCCAUUGCCGUGAACCAGUGCAUGAUUGUAAAGCAAGUAAAUAUUUUGUUUAACCUACUUGGCAAGCUGUUGUCUGAUGCUUUGUUAAGUGGGUUAGGAAGGGGUAAGCCCGCCCCUCAAAGGUUUUACAGCCUAUUUCCUAUGCUUUUAAUUGUGCUGCCAAGGGGUUUUGAAACUUGAUUCAAACCGCACACAAGGGCACCUGGAGGGAUGAUUUGCAAUUAAUAUAGCCUCUCCUACCGAUUAAAACCCACCCCACAGACCUUACCUGGUGUCUUUCUUUCCUUCAGUUCUGCGAGAGUGCCACCAGCCAGCAUAGCUCCAAGUACGAGGACGACCGCCUCUCCCAUUACUCUCCCUGGUCCUGUGGCACCAUCAGCUCCUGCAUAAGUGCCAUUGAGUCAGAGCCCAAGGACGUCAUUGCCAAUUCUGGUGCUGUGCUCCUGGUAAGGCAGCUUCCCCUCUGGAGCCCAUUCUGCUUGGGCUCCCUCUGCCAGUGCUGGGUUUUCUUGGAACCAGUUUCCAAAACAUGAUUCCCUUAACCUCAUCUUACGUCCACAUGCACACACACACGAGUGCCCCCCCCCCCAGUCUACCGCAUAAGGGAAAAUAUAUUGUCCUGAGCACCUUACAGGGUUGUUGUAAGGAUUGCGAGAAGUGGUUUGGAUGCCCUGCCUGAUGACAUUCCGAAGGGAACGGCUUCUAAAAGGGUUCCUAUGAGUGCAAGAUGUUACACUGGGCCUAAGAACGAGCCUCCCUGCGCACCAGGCCAUGUGCAGGCCAGAUCCUGCAUUGCAGGAAGCUGAACUGGGUGACCCUUUGGGCCCCUGCCAACUCUACUAUUCCGUGGUUCUAUCUCUGGGCUUUCCUUUUCUUGUGGGGCUGUACAGGAUCUGGACAGUGGGGACAUGAAGAGGCGGGUGCACCUCUUCGACACCCAGAGAAGGGCAAAGGAGGAAGACCCAAUCAUUCCGUUCAGCGAUGGGCCCAUCAUCUCCAAAUGGGGCGCCAUCUCCAGGUCGUCGCGCACGGGUUAUCACACGACAGACCCAAUUCAAGCUACUGCUUCCCAAGGAAGUGCUACAAAGCCAGUCAGCAUGUCAGGUAUGGGCUGGGUUGGUCUGGAGCCUUGGAAAUGAUAUAGAAGAGGAUGCCAGGGCGGCAGGUGUGGGCGGAGGACAGGAUUCUCUCUGGCCCGAGCUGAGUUUGCACCUUUUGCCGGUUUGCAGAUUACACCCCUUACGUCAGCACCAUUGAUUCCAGAUGGAGCUCCUACAAUUCCGAUUCUACUUCAUCAGCGCCUUUCAGAGAACGGUAGGUGAGGGAGCUCUCCUCGAAGGGGGCAUCUGGGGAGCCCAUCCUGGUCACAGCACCUCGCCUAAGCUCAGCAUGCCCAGAUCCCUUGCCAGAUCUGUUGCCAGAUCCCAUGGAAGCGGUAGGAGUUUUCAGGCCACGGCAGUCAGCACUAAGUUCACAGCUCCUCAGUGGUGGGACUGGGGCCUGGAAGAUCUGGGUUGAAAUCCCCAUUCAACCAUUCACUGCACCAACCACCUUCUCUAACCCUAACCUAACCCACUGGGUUGUUGCAAGGAUGGAGGAUGCAGCUAUACCUGGUGGCUAGUCAGGAUAUCUUGUGUUCUGCCUCCACUGUGGGAAGCAGUCUGCCUCUGAAUGCCAGUUGCUGGAGGUCACAAGUGGGGAGAGUGGCUGUUGCACUCGGGUCCUGCUUUCAGGCUUCCCAUUGGGGCAUCUGGUUGGCCACUGUGAGAACAGGAUGCUGGGUUAGGUGCCCCCCGCCCCGUCCUAAUCCAACAGAGUAUUUCUACAUCCUUAAAAGGAUUAUGUGGGGAGGGAGAGAACCAGCGACUGCACCUGGAGCUCAUUCCAUGAAACCAGGAUGCAAAUGUAAUAAAUAAAUCAAAUCAAUUUGUAUUGAUUUGUUGGGUCUCUGGACCGUAUUAAAGAUUGAUUGAGUGUAAUAAUAAAUAAAAGGACGAUAGAAUGGAGUGAGCACCACCUUGCCAGAGCCAGUGCGUGGAGACUGGGCUUGGGAUGAGGGUGCUUUCUGACAACAUUUGCCCUGCAUGAAAUACGAUGUGUUGAAACCCCAUUGUAGUAAUUUCCCUGGCAUUCUGCAGUGACCCCUGCGCAGACUAAUUCAUACCAGCCUGUUCAGUUUGAGGGUGGGGGGAUAGAGGUUCAGUUGUCUCUUUGCUGGGCAUCAUUUUCCUGCAGAGAGGAGGGAAUCCUGGGACAGGCCAGCCAGCUGAGAAUUUCCUUUCAUCCCUGGACAUUUCUGUGCACCUUCAGAAGGUCUGAGGAUGAAAGGAAACCCCUGGCUGGCAGGCCCAUCUGUUUCCUUCUUCAUCAGAGGUCCAGUGUCACGCUUCCAAGGAAUGUGCAGGGAGCAACUUCUAAACCUUCCUUCUCUUUCAAGGGACCGGUUCAUCCUUACAGAUGUGUCUGCCCCAGGAAAGCAUUCUAGCACUGGAGAUCUACUGAGCAUCGAACUGCAGCAGGUAUGGCUGAUCUGGCAACUUUGCCUCCUGCUCUGGGAUUUUUUUGGGGGGAUGGAGAAUUUACAGAGGGCCGGCCAGUCUGUUGAGCAUGGUCCAAGAGCUGCAGGGCGGAGGGAGGAAUGGAAUGAGUGUUGCUUCCACCCUGCCAUUUCCUCUGUUAUUCUUCCAUGUAGGCCAAAAGUAACUCGUUGCUGCUUCAGAGAGAGGCCAACGCACUUGCCACGCAGCAGAAGUGGAGCUCCUUGGCAGAAGGAAGCCCCCUCUCUUUGACCCUCCUAAGCAAUGAAAUCAAUCUGAGAAACGGCGAGGUAAAAAAAGUAGCUGAGCUGGGUGGAGAAGAUACUGAAGGGAGGGACCCCUUUUAGAAUACAGUGGUACCUUGGGUUACAAACGCUUUGGGUUACAAACUCCACUAACCCGGAAGUUGUACCUCAGGUUGCGAACUUUGCCCCAGGAUGAGAACGGAAAUCGCGCAGUGGUGGCAUGGCAGCAGCAGGAGGCCCCAUUAGCUAAAGUGGUACCUCAGGUUAAGAACAGACCUCCGGAACGAAUUAAGUUCGUAACCCGAGGUACCACUGUAAAUGCAUUACAGAGUCUGGAGGGAGACAUCAGCGGUCAUCUAGACCAGCCUACUGCUGCUAGGCAGGAAGACUACUUCUACCAUCUCCCUGAUACAUGAUUGUCCAAAUUCUGCUUUAAAAAACUCUUCUAAUGAAGGCAGUCUGUUCCCCUGCUGAGGAGCUCAGUACCAUCAGGAAGUUGUUGUUGUUGGUAUAUGUAUAUGUAUAUGUAUAUGUAUAUGUAUAUGUAUAUGUAUAUGUAUAUGUAUAUGUAUAUGUAUAUGUACAGUGGGCGCUCGGGUUGCGAACGUGAUCCAUGCAGGAUGCACAUUCGCAACCCACAGCGUUUGCAACCCGCAGCUGCACAUGGGUUGCGAUUUGGCGCUUCUGCACAUGUGCAAAGUGUGAUUUAGUGCUUCUGCACAUGCGUGACCACCAAAACCGAGAAGUAACCCGUUCCGGUACUUGCGGGUUUCGGCGGGUCCGUAACCUGAAAAAAUGCAACCUGAAGCAUCUGUAACCCAAGGUGUGAUUGUAUAUGUGUAUGUGUAUGUGUAUGUAUAUGUAUAUGUGCAGUGCUUUUUUUCUAAAAAAAUGUUUAGGGGUACUCUCAUUUUCCUGCUCAUACUGAAAUACUGCCCCUCAAUGAGGCCAAACAUAAGAUUCACAAAAUGUUUAGGGGUAUGCGUAUCCCUGCAUCCCCCCAGGGAAAAAAAACACUGUAUAUGAUAAUUUCCUAGAGGCCAAGAUCCAAGUUUAGUGCAAGUUUUCUUUGGUGAGAGAACCCCAGCAAGAGAUUUAAAGUCACAAAGUAAAGCAUGGGAAUGUAGUCUGUUAGACCUUUAAAACAUGCCCCUCCAAGUGAGUUCUAAAAUGUCCCCUUAGAAGGUUUCUUUCAAAAGUUUUUCUCUUCCCCCUGCAAGGGAAAAGGCAACACGUUUUGUCAAUUGAAAAAAAGUUUGUUUACAAACUAUCCAAAGGUCAGAUUCAUAUGCUUCAGAAAAGUUGCACAGGCAGCAAAACUUGUCUUAGUCACAAAGUGGUAAAAGUGCCUGAAGAAGCAUCUCCACCCACAUCGUUCUGCCUGGAUACUCUGGUCCAGCUCCGAGGGCUGUUCCCUCCCUGAGAGAAGUGAGGUUACAGGGAACCAGGCAGAGGGCCUUCUCGGCAGUGGCGCUCGCCCUGUGGAACGCCCUCCCAUAAGAUGUCAAGGAAAUAAACAACUAUCUGACUUUUAGAAUACAUCUGAAGACAACCCUGUUUAGGGAAGUUUUUAAUGUUUGGUGUUUUUAAUACUCUGUUGGGAGCCGCCCAGAGUGGCUGGGAAAACCUAGCCAGAUGGGUGGAGUAUAAAUAAAUAGAUGGUGAUGAUGAUGAUUCCUAAAUUUUAAAAAUUUUGGUAUAGAAACUCAAGAGUGGCUUGUGAGAGUCAUGUGGUUGAGCUGGAACAACCAGCUGAAACCUCUUCAAACGCUGAGCUGCUCAGGUAGACUGGAAGGGAACAAUAGGCUUGGUUAUCUAUUGACUCCUCAAGGUAAGGGGAAGUGACCUAGCUAAGCCUGGCAGGACGGUUUAGUCUAUGUCAUUAACCCCAUCAUGCAUUAAUUAGACUUAAGCAUGUUAGUUAUAUGAGGCUGGUUAUCCCACAGUUCUGUCAAAUGUUUGGUCUUAAACCUUUUUCUAGUAAUCUGAACCCAUUGGAGCAAUAGAAAACAAACUUGCUUUGUCAUCUGUCAGGGGUGAGCCUGUGUAGAAACUACCCUCCUUUCUGAGGGUAAUACAUUAAUUUCUCCACCUGCUUAUGCUUCUUGCCCCCAACUGCCACUGGCGUUUCAGCCCUGGAGGCUUGGCCCAGAAUGGGAGGCAGCCCUCAGGCUGAAAGAAGCCCCCCACCCCUGAUCUUGGGGGCAGCCCUUCAGUUGUUUCCUUAUUUCCUAAGCUUUCUAGUCGCUUGCCACCCAAUGGUCUCCAAGCAACAUGGAAAGAAAAAGAAUAUAUGCAUAAAUGUAUUAUACAAUAGAAAAGAGGUUAGGGAAUCACAUAACCCAUAAAUAUUCCAUACAGCAUACUUGGAAAACAAAAACUGAACACCAGCCCUCCUGCAUAGCAGUAAUAGAAAACAUUAGCAAUACAAAGACGAACAGCAGCUCAAUGCUGAGAGCCAGUGUGGCAUAAUUGUUAGAGUGCUGGACUAGGAUCUGGGAGGCCACUCAGCCAUGAAACUCACUUGGUUUCAGUGAGCUAGUCACUGCCUCUCAGCCCAAUCUUACCUCAAAUGAGGAGGGGAGACCCACCUUGAGCUCCUUGGAGAAAAAGGUGGGAUAUAAACAUAAUAAAUAUAUAAUAUUAACACUCCCACCUACAAAACUAGUAGAUAAACAUAAAUACUCAAAACUGACUCACAUCCCUCCCUAGUUCAAAAGCCAAUCACACCAAUCCUGUUUUUGUUUUGUUCUCUGCUUAAUCUUGCCACCCCACCCAGAAGUCCAGCAUCAAGGCCUGCUGAUGUGAAUCAGUGGUGGAUGGGUUCAGGGUCCUUCAGGGAUGGUCCAGUGUCUCUAAAGAGGGUCAGUGUUUUAUUCUGGCUGCUCCUCCUUUCCUGCUGUUGGAAGAUAGCUGUCCCAUUGCUACUUUAUUGUCUGUUCUCCAGCCUCCAUAUACCCAGCGCCUUCCAUCUUUCCUGGGUCUCCAGCUGACUCGCCAUCUUUUUCACGUUCUCCUCUGGACACAUCCCAGUUGGUCCCUCUCUGUCUUCCCAUGUAAUGCCCAGAAGUGUUCCAGCUCCGCAAAUGUCUUUGGCCUCAGAGUGAGCCUGGCUACUCUAAACUUAAAAGGAAGGGGCAACUUCAGUAAGAAGGAAAUGGCAUUGUGUGAAAUGUGCCCACUCUUUUCCUUGGGCAGCCUGCAAAGGUCCUAGAAGGGCACCUUUUGUUCUCAAGGGGCAGGUCUCCUCCAAGAGCAAGUGGGGAAAGCAGUGCCUGAGAUAGGGUUUGAUUCAGCAGCAUAUAUAUUUGUCACUUCAGAUGCAAAACAGGACAGGACCUGCCACUUAUGGGCAAAUCCAGGUCAUGCAGUUAUAGUUGGCUGCAAGGUCUUGUGCAACAGGCAGGCUUCCCCAAAAUGUCAAUACUUUUUUCAGUAAGGAAAGUGAAUGCGAAAAUGCACUGGGAAAGUGUAGGGUGAGACCUGCCCUGAUGCAAUGGCAUCUCUAACCUCCCUGCAAACAAAUAGGAGAGAAUGCUCAUACAAUAGCCAACGUUGUCUAAUUUCCUUCCAAACAAAUCAGGAUGAAUGACCAAUAAACAGGUAAUCCAGAAGCACUUUCUGCCUGCAGCUGAGGGACACACUAUGAGCUUCCAGUUUCUUGUAUGCCUGAUUCCCCAUUUUCUGUGGAAACAGGAACAGCAACUACUUCUCCUUUAUUUACCAUUGGGGCGGUAUCUCUCUACACCAUGCCCUUCUCCUGGAGCACUGCCCUCCCUCCCUUUCUUUUUUCUGAGUAAUGUUUUUCUGGUUGCAUAACAAAAUGACAUUUAUCAGCUUCAGCCAAACCUGUUGAGUGGCUACACGUUGCAUAUGUCAGUCACAUGUAAGAAGGGAAAUGGAGGAGGGACACUGCCAUAUAACUGAAUCACUGAACUCAUUGUCAAGGCUUCAGCUAUCUGCGACAUAUCUUCUCCAUAAGUAUGCAUGAAUGUACUUCUGUUUACGUAGCUGACACAGGGGGACCCAGACCUUGUCAAAAUGGGUUGGUUUGUUUUUAGUUUAGCCGCUAACCAUUAGGUAUUUUGGAAGAGCCAGGUCCCUAACUUUUAUUUUAUUAUUUUAUUUUGUAAAAUUUGCAUGCCGCCUGAUUGUAAACACACACACACAUAUAUCAAAGCAGCCUAAGGAAAAGGAAAAAAAUAAAAUUAUCUGUAAGAAGAAUUAACAAUAAUUUUAAGAUUUUUGAAAAGCUGAAACAAUAAACUAAAAACAGAUUAAAACUCACACCAGUUUUCUAAACAUCUCGACAGGCUUACCUAAACACAACUGUUUUUAACAGUAAAAAAAUAACAGAGAUAGAGUGCAGUGAAAACACCUAGAGGGAGUUUCAGGGUGUGCAUGCUGCCACAGUAAAAUAUCAAGUUCUUUUGAAUGUGGAGCAGGUGGCCUGUGGCACCUACAACAGUGCUGGUUCUGCUGAUUGAAGCGGUUGAGUGGCCGUAAGGCGAUCUCAUAGAAAGACCUUUCUUUAAAUCAAUUGUGCUUUGUUUGUUUUCCCCCACUCCUAUCCUGCUUCUUAGUCUGACUAUCCGGAGGACGGUGCAGACACAAAACCAGACCGAGACAUUGAACUGGAACUGUCAGCCCUCGAUGCCGAUGAGCUUGGUGGGCAGGGAGAGCAAAUUGAGGUACAUGAACACUGCCGUUUCCUUAAUUCACUGAACAUGCCUAUGUGUCUGUGUCUUUGCAUCCUCUACUAUCUCAGAAAUCCAGAGCUGGUGGCCCUCCUAUAAGUUUCCAUGUAAAGCAUGAAAUAACCACAGACCAAAACUCUGGUUGAAUCCUAGCCUUGCCAGACUCCCAGUUCAGACACAGCAGUGUUAUUGAGAUGUUCAUAAAAUUCUGAGUAUUGAUUCCCCACUCUGUAGAAUUGUGUCUUGCAUGAACUUUUGGGUCAAACUGCUGGUCCAGUCUGUUUACCCUGAGUGGGAGCAGCUUUCCAUCAGUUCAGAUCUGGGUCUUCUCAGCCCCACUUCCCUAAGUCACUUUUAAAUGUAGAGGUGGAGGAUUGGACCCAGGACCUUCUAUGUGCAGAGCACAUACCCCUAACACUGGGCCCUGGACUCUCCCUCCCCUUAUAUUUUGGACUGGCCACAAAGAAUCCCUGGUGGCUAUGGCAGGGAGCUUUAGGGUCUGCCGUCUAGCCUCUCAGAUCCUUCUCAGCAAUGCCAUUUCCACUUCACCUUUCUCCAUCAUUUGUGGGGGAGUUCUGAUUGGUUGGCAUCACCCCCCACUCCCACACGGCUAACACUGUCCUUCCACUUCCAGGAGAUUCUGAACCUGCAGCUUGGCAUUGGCAACCAGGACGAUCAUCUGUUCAACGGCUCAGCUCUGGAGAACGGCCACCCUCUAGAACAGCCUCCAAAAGAGCCCAGGCAGCAGGCGAGGCCCACCUUAGGUGAAGACCUUGCUAUUCCGUGAGUGUCAGACGGAAACAGAAGCUUUCUGUGCCCCGAUACAGAGCCUCUGUUGUCUCUCCUCGUGUCCCCUGUGUCGUCUGUGGCACAUUUAUUCAAUAAGUGCACCAUUGCAAUGUUUAAGGCAGCUUUACCUGAUCAGGACAAAAGUGGCUGCUGGGAAACUCACAAAACUGGAGGAAAGAAUCUGCUUUCUCACAUUAUAUAAAGAAUGUGUUGAUCAUUUCUGUGCAGGAAGAAUUCAUCCUUGAGCUAGCCUGCUAGAAAAUCUGCACCCUGCUCUCCUUGCUGAAUUAGGCAUCCAGCUCCAAUAAUCCAGGCAUGCUUUUCUUCUGAGAACAUGACUUAAUUUCUACGCUGGUGUAGAGCUAAGGCGAAGGGAUGGCUAUAUAAGCCUGUGUGAUUUGUAAGCCCAUGGACACCACUUUUGUGGGUUCCCCAGCAGCCACUGCUGUUCUUUCCAAGUAAAGCUGUCUCAAGCACCACAGUGGUGUUUUUAUUGGAGAAAUCCACCAUGCUUCCUUGCCGAAUGCUGGCCUUCUCUUGCCUGGUCUCUUCUUUCUUACUCCUUAUACUUACCCAGUCCAAGCCCUUCAUAUUUUGGGGGCUGUGGCUCCCACCAGCCCCAUGCAAUCUUGCAAUUGAUAGAAGUUGUUGUUCGAAAUGUAUGGAGGGCACCAACACAGGGAAGGCUCUUUCUCUCUUCUUCCCCUUCUCUCCUCCAAGGCUGAGAAUCUGGUCUCUCCCAUUCAUUUGCAGCGGCCCUUCAGCCACUGUGAUGAGUGAAGAAAGGAAAUGGCUCUGAGCACUGAUGGCGCAACAGCGUUUCUGGCCACUGCUGCGCUGCUAGCUUCUCUUAAGAGGCUCCAGAGUUACACCAGUGGCUCCACAGAGAAGGGAGAGGAAUUUACUGAAGCUGCAUGGGCCCUCUUUCAAAUUCUGGGUUAUUAGCAGUGUGAGAGCUCAGGGUUAAUGAACACAGCUUCUCUCCCCCCCCCCCCACUCUGUCAGAACCCAUCUGUUCAUUAUCUGUCAUGAUAAGUAAUAAAAAUAAAGAAGAAAAAUCACAACUCAACUAGGGUAUCAAAACUAUCAGGGAUAAUUCACUGUCCCUUGUUUUUUACAUCCUUGGAUUGCUGUGAGAAUGUUGACAUUCCUGUGUUCUAUUUUAAAUAAUGAUCAGGGUUUAUUUCCCCCUUCUCCCCUCUCCUCCCUCCCUCCCCCCCAAAAAAAAUCACCAGGGAGAAGCAGAAAGCAGCCCUGCCAAUGACCUGCUUCAGCCAGCCAACAGCAUCCUCUGUGAGCGGGGUGACGUCCCUGCCCAUCACAGCUUCCUCCUCCGGAGUGGGCAGCCUCGUUCUCAAGACAGCCCACAGCCUCACAGCAGCUCACAUCAUGGCAGAAGGGAAAAGUGACUUUUUAAGGCCAGUGGCAAAUGGCAAAAUGGUUAACAGCUGAGAGGUGUUACGUUUUCAAGCUCGUGAUCAUGCUAAGGCAGCAUUUACACUCUAUUAUAUAAUGUAUAUAUUUUUUAAGAAAAUACUAUUGGGGUGAUUUGUUUCCUGUGGACUCUUUGAUACAUCAGGCCCCUCUCAACUUUGCAUUCUGGAAAAAGAAAAGAGAAAACAAACCACUUUGCUAGGCUCAGGUGUUCACGUUCCACAAGUGGUUUGUAAAAAGCUUAAGAGCAGCUUUUUAAUUUGUUUGUGGAAAUUCCAGGGCGCCUUCUGAGCCGUUCUUGUUGAAAGACAGCCUCUCUAGAUAAAUUUGCAAGUUAGUUCAUUGAAGCCAGCAGAUCCUCGGGGUGAAGUGACUCAUGGGAAUAGAACUCACUUGUUUUGCCUUGUUUUGUUUCAUGAGAGAGGAACUUGUAUCUGGUUGCAGUUGCUUGUUUCUUCAGCUGUGGAACUUUGCAUGAAAUAAGCAUGUGAGAGAGAGAAAGAGAAAGAGAGAGGAGCGCUGGGGAUCCUCUUAACAUAAGACUUAAUUCAGGGUUGAUACACUUUUUCUUUUUCCUUUUCCUUUUCCUUUUAUCUUUGCACGACUGCAUUAUAUGCAGUAGUGUAGCACUUUGCAUAUUCCUGUCUGGCCCUCCCCCUUCAUUUCCCCUACCCCACCCCUCUUCUGAUUUAGAGCUUGGUAUUUCCACAUAUCAAGCAACUUGCCUGUGUACAAAUAAUAGAGUGCAAAAUCGAAGUGCCUGCAUCCUAGCGCUUACAUCUUCUGUCUCUUUACCUGCUCUUGAGUUGUAAGCAGAAUUGUUACAUCGACAACGGGCUUGUCCACACUGACCGUACUUUUCUGUCUAUGAGACGCCCCCUCGUCUAAUACAUGGAAAAGUACGGCACCUUCCUCUGCUCUUUCCAGGCACAAUCUGGGGAUCCCUCUCCCUUUUUUUCCCUCUGGAGUUUUCUCUGCAAAAACCCCGCUCUUUAAAGAUCAGCAAGCUCAAAGAGCGAUCUGCAGAAAACCGAAAUGGGUGUUUGCGCCAAUUCAUAUUUGAAGAGCAGGUUUUCACAGGGAAAGCUUAGGGCAGAACCCCCACAAAAAGCCACUGAGACGCAGUUCGUUAAAGUGUAUACCUCUGCCUAGAAAGAGCAGGGUAAAACCUAAGUGUGGAUAAGGCCAAAAACCCACUGCACUUGUUGCCUGGGCUCCGAGUUGUGCAGCUCCUUCGGCCAGAUCAGUCCCCAGAGCCUCAGCAUCAGUCGCUCCCUGCAAAAGAAACAUUUUCUGUCACAUUUGCACUGACUUGACAACACAGUAUUGCUGUUGAUGUACUUGUCAAAUAAGAAGCGAUUAGCAGUUCUUUUGACACUCAUUGUGUUGUUUUGAUUAUAGCGUUACUGAGAAGUUUAGUGUUUAGGUUAUAUUACUGACUCUUGACAAGGCAUUGAACACUUAAUGGUAUAGCUUUAGUUCGGCUUGUACAGAACAAUGAAUAAAUGUGUCUUUUUAAAAAUGUGACUUUAAGGAAACGUAAGUAGGGAGCCAUCACCUGAAGAACACACACCUCUUGGGCCCUGAGCCGUAUUUCCUUUUACUUUCUUGCUUUAGAAACUCAGGGCACCCAGAAGGUGGUAGAGCAAAAGAAUGCUUGCUGGCAAGAUAACACCUUCCUCAUUUGUCUUCUAUGGCUUUCUAGUUCUGAUUUUUGCAUUACUCCUCCUCUUCUUUUUUUUGCAGUGUUUGAUAAUUAACUUCUGUGAAGUUGUUUACUUGGAGAACUGUACUGGGAUAUUUCAGCCAAGUGACAUUUUCACAGGUAUACUGUACUCAAGGGCUCGUCCCACUAGCAAAUGGCUUGUAAAAGAGACGAUCAUGUUACUCCUGGCAGAACAGAGCUGGUGACUGUUUGGGAUGCCACCCCGUGGGCAGGAUCAGGCCGCUUCUUUUCACUUCCUUUUUUAAGAAACUAUAUCGUGCACACUUCUGGAUUAGGGGUGGGGCAAAAACAGGCAUUUCUCUGAGAGUUACAAUACUGACUUGCAUCCUUUUUUAUUUUGUAUCUGCUGACUUGAAAGUUCAUGAAAAAAAUUAUGUUGUAAAUAUUAUUAUCUGAAAAAAAAAUCCAAGCAUUAGUUUAUAUAUAUUUAUAUAAUAUAUAUAAUUCCAGUGAUGUUGUGAAAGACCCCGGCUACUUAUUUAAUACUAAGGCACAAAGAGCUAUUUAUAAUAUGUCAGCCAAAUCCCUUCUCUUAAUUUCAUGGGACAAUUCCUCAGGCUCCUCCUCCUGUUGCCACCUCACUCCUGCAACAAGAGAAACAGGGCAGCUGGGGAUUUGAGACUAAAGUACCCGUUUUCUUUAAACUUGUGACUGUUAAGAUUAACUGAUUUUGGUGUGGAAUGCCAUUUGGGUUGUUAUUGUGUUCUCUGAUCCAGCUGGGAAAUCUUGUAUAUAUAAAUAUUACAUUUGAAAUGCUUCCAAAAGUUGUUGUUUUUUUGCGCUAUAUGUAACUUCAGAUAUAUAGAGAUAUAUGCAAAACAGCCUCUCUCUCUCUUUUACAUGGAUAUUUAAACAAUAAGAUCUUCUGUGCUGCAGGUGACGUGUUUUUUAAGGAGGAAGAAAAUGGAAUUGCUAUUUUAUUGCAAAAAUAGACAAAUAUUAGAAGUCUGAGAGAUCCUCAUUUUUGCCCUCAGGGAAAUAGCCCCUCUGUGAACCGGAGCUCCCCCAGGCGCCAAUACAAUCCAAGGGUGGAUAUAUAGUAAGACCUUGGUUGUGCUGCUGGGGAAGGGGGCGUGGCAUAAAUUGUUUACAGUUCUUCGUUCACUUGUCCAGUGGCAUCGCAUAAUUUUAAAAGCCACCAUAUUUCUGCUGUCCUUUUACCACCUGGACUGGGAACGAGCUGCCUUUGUGCUUCUUUGACAGAGGCAGCCAGAACUCCUGCACUACAGUAGUUUUGUAGAAAAGGGCCACACACUUGUCAGGAAGCCUCUGCUCCAAGGUUGUACUUUAAAUCUUCAACACAGAGAAUUGCAGGCUCAAUGAAACAGCUGGGACUUUCUCGCCAUGGAAAUGGCAUCAUUCUGGCUGGGCGUUGUCCACCUCUGAAGCAGUUUGUACAAGCCAGCCUGUCUGGGUGUGGAGCAGUCAACUUAUGGUACAUCCUUUGGGUGCCCUUGGGCUCCCAGCCACCACCAACCAUCCCCAGGCAACAUGGCCAAGAAUAGUCAUAGGUGAUGGGAGUUGUAUUGCAGCAGCAGCAGCUGGUGGUGGGACCCAAAGAAGCUCUGCACCCCUUGUCUUUGGGACAGCCAGAGGGAUGGGUGCUGAGAUGAAUUAGCACCAUAGCCUGCUUUGCAGCUGUGUCUUUAGAAAAUUAGGCCAACCAGAGGAGAGCCAGGCGGAGAGAGCAGAGGAGGGUGGUUCCUGCCCUCUGCCAGCAGGUGGCAUUUUUGUAGGCAGGUGCAGGGGGGAUUGGGGGCACGCAUACUGGGGGGGCGGGGGGUAAUUGUGGUGGCAAGAAAAACUUCAGCUGUGCUUCCUCAUAAUGUGCAUUUCCUCUCCCCCUUCGUUUUGACUCAGUGCUUUGGGUAGCAAGCUUCAGAUGUGAAACAAAUGCUGAGUGUGAUGGUAGAUGAGACGUUGAGCUGCAUAGAGAAGCUGCUGGCCUGUGCUAAGGAAGAGUGGCAGGUCUGUGAUAGGCCUGGUUUGACCACUGGUCCCUGCCAGAUGCGCUGUUCGAAAUUAAUACCUGGUGACAGUUGGAGUGUAGAACACAGCGCUUGCCUAAAGUGUGUGUGGCCAAUGCCAGAACAGAAGUCCUGGUAGUAUCCUUCCUUCCAUUCUUUUUUGAUAAUUUGAAAGCCAGGUCUGUUGUGAAAUAAACUUCAUUUACAAACAAAAACUCCAUGCGGCUUGGCUGUGGGUUUUCUUGUGGUGAGCAAUUUUCAUGUCUAAUUUUGUGAGCGGCUGGCAUUUCUCAGCAUUUGAUUAAGCCUGGCCUGCUUUGCAAAGGGUUCAAUCUAAGUGCUUGCAUCUGCACCCCAAUAUUAUUUGGGGAGGGGGCAAUAGCCAGCCAUUCACUACCUGUGGGAGAUGUUUAUUUUUAAGCCCUUUGUAUUUAGGAGUUCUAUAUUUAGAGACUGAAUUUGCAAAUAACAUGGCAUGACACAGUGUUUUGCUGGGGCGUGUUCUUCCCCUGUCUGAACUCUCAGCCACUUCCUUGGCUCUGAGGAAGGGCAGCAGCAGCAGCACGGUGCUUUGCUGGCAAAGCGAUAUUACCAGGCGUAAGGGUGGAGUGGGGUGGCUGAAGUGGAGUGAGCCAAAACUGUGAGCAUCCCACCAGCCCCAAAACUGAGAGAGCAAAUACCUGUCCACCACACACACACAGGCUUUUGUGAAGCUUUUUAAUGGACACUUUAUAUACUUGACAGAGUUUGAAUUAAAAAUAAAAACAAUUCUGGCUGUGUUUCUGAGUGCCAGAAAACAGGGCGAAGUACACUUUUGCACAGAUCCCACCUGCUUACCCAGAGAGAGUCCUCGGUUAUUUAGUCCAAGGCAUGGAGAUGCAUGCAUUUUCCUUAUCUGUGCAGACAAAUAGAUUAUACUGUAGUUGUGAUACAACAUGCGUGGCUUUUCUUUGUACUGCACACACACCCUGUACAGCCACUCCAAAGUAUUGUGGUUUAGCUUGCAGUAUCUGCUGUCUGCAUUUAUACUAUAUACUACAUAUUCUUUUCCCUGGAAGUUAAAAGGAAAAGAAAAACACCACUUUUUCUUUUAUUGUUGCGUUGAUUAACAUUUUAUAAACCUGCUUGGCCCAGAAAGUUUGGGGAAAGAGGGCUGUUUGUCAAUUCUACAACCGGUUGUGAAGCUGAAGUGUGAAUAUUUCUACGUCUGUAUUAGACAUUUUCUUUGCAAAUCUAUUGUUCGAUUGAAAUGUAAAUGAAAUAAAAGAUGGUGUACACCCAUCAUGUAUAAUAAAGCAGACACCAUCGCUACGGUGGAUUUAAUGCCUCAUUUUUAAUGAUGCAUACUCAGCUUCUAUUUAAAAAAAAAUAUUUAACUUAAAAAAUCUGUAAAAUAAAAAAGGGAUCUAUUUGGGGCGGGGGAUGAAUUCUAUUCCAUUUAGUUCCGUUUUCAAUUUCCAAAUUCUGUUGUUUUUCCCUUUUGUGUUAUAGGAAUAGGAUUUACAUGGGAAAGCUUAGACCGUACGGUCUGUAUUUUUGGGGAGGGAAGUUUGAGUGAUGGGUGUGGGCUUUGUGAUUUAGCCUGAAUAGCAGAGUGAAGUCUGUGUGCGUGUCUUUUCUGUUGCACUGAAGUGAAAAGAUAAUUAGCUUUUGGGCUGGACACGGACUUUAGCGAAUCGUGGUUUUUUUCAGUGUUUGAGAGAGAAUUAAUAGAAAAAAGUUUGCAGUACUUGACAUGUAUUUGCAUGCCGUAAAAUAAAACAUUUUGUCCACCUUAA